AUGCGCCAAGUACACUAUCCGACCAAAUUACGCACAAGGAGCAUGAGGGAAAAUGUUACACUAUCCGGCCUGUACCAUGCGCACAAGGAGCAGGCUGAGAGGAAAUGUUAUACACUCAUCCGCCUGUACCAUGCACAAGGAGUGAGUAGGAAUGUUAUACACUAUCCGACUGUACCAUGCACAAGGAGGUGGGUAAGUGGAAACGUUAUACACCACAUCCGCCUGUACCAUGCAAUGCUGAGGGAGAGGGAAAUGUUAUACACUAUCCGGCCUGUACCCAUGCACAUGGAGCAUGAGGUGGAAAUGUUAUACACUAUCCGUCUGUACCAUGCACAAGGAGCAGAGAGAGAAAUGUUAUACACCAUCCGGCUCUGUACCAUGCAGAGAGAAAUGUUACGCCAAUUAUCCGCCUGUACCAUGCACAAGGAGUGGGUGAGGAGAAAUGUUAUACACUAUCCGCCUGUACCAUGCAAUAAGUGAGGGAGAGGGAAAUGUUAUACACUAUCCGUCUGUACCAUGCACAAGGAGCAUGAGGGAAAUGUUAUACACUAUCCGUCUGUACCAUGCACAAGGAGGGUGAGAGAAAUGUUAUACACUAUCCGUCUGUACCAUGCACAAGGAGGGUGAGAGAAAUGUUAUACACUAUCCGUCUGUACCAUGCACAAGGAGGGAGAGGGAAAUGUUAUACACUAUCCGACUGUACCAUGCACAAGGAGUGAGAGAGAAAUGUUAUACACUAUCCGUCUGUACCAUGCACAAGGAGGGAGAGGGAAAUGUUAUACACUAUCCGACUGUACCAUGCACAAGGAGGGAGAGAGAAAUGUUUUACACCAUCCGUCUGUACCAUGCACAAGGAGGGUGAGAGAAAUGUUAUACACUAUCCAUCUGUACCAUGCACAAGGAGGGAGAGGGAAAUGUUAUACACUAUCGGUCUGUACCAUGCACAAGGAGGGUGAGGGAAAUGUUAUACACUAUCCGUCUGUACCAUGCACAAGGAGGGUGAGGGAAAUGUUAUACACCGUCCGGCCUGUACCAUGCACAAGGAGGGUGAGGGAAAUGUUAUACACUAUCCGUCUGUACCAUGCACAAGGAGGGUGAGGGAAAUGUUAUACACUAUCUGUCUGUACCAUGCACAAGGAGGGAGAGAGAAAUGUUAUACACUAUCCGUCUGUACCAUGCACAAGGAGGCAGAGAGAAAUGUUAUACACUAUCCGUCUGUACCAUGCACAAAGAGGCAGAGAGAAAUGUUAUACACUAUCCAUCUGUACCAUGCACAAGGAGGGGGAGGGAAAUGUUAUACACUAUCUGGCUGUACCAUGCACAAGGAGGGAGAGAGAAAUGUUAUACACUAUCCGUCUGUACCAUGCACAAGGAGGGUGAGAGAAAUGUUAUACACUAUCCGUCUGUACCAUGCACAAGGAGGGAGAGGGAAAUGUUAUACACUAUCCGUCUGUACCAUGCACAAGGAGCAUGAGGGAAAUGUUAUACACUAUCCGUCUGUACCAUGCACAAGGAGCAUGAGGGAAAUGUUAUACACUAUCCGUCUGUACCAUGCACAAGGAGCAUGAGGGAAAUGUUAUACACUAUCCGUCUGUGCCAUGCACAAGGAGAGAGAGAGAAAUGUUAUACACCAUCCGACUGUACCAUGCACAAGGAGGGAGAGAGAAAUGUUAUACACUAUCCGUCUGUACCAUGCACAAGGAGGGUGAGAGAAAUGUUAUACACCAUCCGUCUGUACCAUGCACUAGAAGGGUGAGGGAAAUGUUAUACACUAUCUGUCUGUACCUUGCACAAGGAGGGUGAGGGAAAUGUUAUACACCAUCCGUCUGUACCAUGCACAAGGAGGGUGAGGGAAAUGUUAUACACUAUCUGUCUGUACCAUGCACAAGGAGGGAGAGAGAAAUGUUAUACACUAUCCGUCUGUACCAUGCACAAGGAGGCAGAGAGAAAUGUUAUACACUAUCCGUCUGUACCAUGCACAAGGAGGGUGAGAGAAAUGUUAUACACUAUCCGUCUGUACCAUGCACAAGGAGGGAGAGGGAAAUGUUAUACACUAUCCGUCUGUACCAUGCACAAGGAGGGUGAGAGAAAUGUUAUACACCAUCCGUCUGUACCAUGCACAAGGAGGGUGAGGGAAAUGUUAUACACUAUCCGUCUGUACCAUGCACAAGGAGGAUGAGGGAAAUGUUAUACACUAUCCGUCUGUACCAUGCACAAGGAGGGAGAGGGAAAUGUUAUACACUAUCCGUCUGUACCAUGCACAAGGAGCAUGAGGGAAAUGUUACACACUAUCCGUCUGUACCAUGCACAAGGAGGGUGAGAGAAAUGUUAUACACUAUCCGUCUGUACCAUGCACAAGGAGGAAAUGAGAGGAAAUGUUAUACACCAUCCGUCUGUACCAUGCACAAGGAGGGUGAGGGAAAUGUUAUACACUAUCCGUCUGUACCAUGCACAAGGAGGGAGAGGAAAUGUUAUACACUAUCCGUCUGUGCCAUGCACAAGGAGAGAGAGAGAAAUGUUAUACACCAUCCGUCUGUACCAUGCACAAGGAGGGUGAGGGAAAUGUUAUACACCAUCCGUCUGUACCAUGCACAAGGAGUGAGGGAAAUGUUAUACACUAUCCGUCUGUACCAUGCACAAGGAGCAUGAGGGAAAUGUUAUACACUAUCCGUCUGUACCAUGCACAAGGAGGGAGAGAGAAAUGUUAUACACUAUCCGACUGUACCAUGCACAAGGAGGGUAAGGGAAAUGUUAUACACUAUCCGUCUGUACCAUGCACAAGGAGGGAGAGGGAAAUGUUAUACACUAUCCGUCUGUACCAUGCACAUGGAGCAUGAGGGAAAUGUUAUACACUAUCCGUCUGUACCAUGCACAAGGAGGGAGAGGGAAAUGUUAUACACUAUCCGUCUGUGCCAUGCACAAGGAGCAUGAGGGAAAUGUUAUAUACUCUCCGUCUGUACCAUGCACAAGGAGCAUGAGGGAAAUGUUAUACACUAUCCGUCUGUGCCAUGCACAAGGAGAGAGAGAGAAAUGUUAUACACCAUCCGACUGUACCAUGCACAAGGAGGGAGAGAGAAAUGUUAUACACUAUCCGUCUGUACCAUGCACAAGGAGCAUGAGGGAAAUGUUAUACACUAUCCGUCUGUACCAUGCACAAGGAGGGAGAGGGAAAUGUUAUACACUAUCCGUCUGUACCAUGCACAAGGAGGGAGAGGGAAAUGUUACACACUAUCCGUCUGUACCAUGCACAAGGAGGGUGAGGGAAAUGUUAUACACCAUCCGUCUGUACCAUGCACAAGGAGGGUGAGGGAAAUGUUACACACUAUCCGUCUGUACCAUGCACAAGGAGGGAGAGAGAAAUGUUAUACACCAUCCGUCUGUACCAUGCACAAGGAGCAUGAGGGAAAUGUUAUACACUAUCCGACUGUACCAUGCACAAGGAGCAUGAGGGAAAUGUUAUACACUAUCCGUCUGUACCAUGCACAAGGAGAGAGAGAGAAAUGUUAUACACCAUCCGUCUGUACCAUGCACAAGGAGGAUGAGAGAAAUGUUAUACACUAUCCGUCUGUACCAUGCACAAGGAGUGUGAGGGAAAUGUUAUACACUAUCCGUCUGUACCAUGCACAAGGAGGGAGAGAGAAAUGUUAUACACUAUCCGUCUGUACCAUGCACAAGGAGCAUGAGGGAAAUGUUAUACACUAUCCGUCUGUACCAUGCACAAGGUGGGUGAGAGAAAUGUUAUACACUAUCCGUCUGUACCAUGCACAAGGAGGGAGAGGGAAAUGUUAUACACUAUCCGUCUGUACCAUGCACAAGGAGGGAGAGGGAAAUGUUACACACUAUCCGUCUGUACCAUGCACAAGGAGGGUGAGGGAAAUGUUAUACACUAUCCGUCUGUACCAUGCAGAGAGACUGAGAGAAGAGCCAGUAGAGCGAAUGUUGGGAUGUAUUCAUUAGAUUCAAUUUUCCUGAGUAUAAAAAAAAAAGUUUAAAAAAAAAGAAAGAAGCAGAAAUUCAAAACAUCUAGAGCAACAUAAAUGGUAAUUAUUGAAUGUGUUCUACUACUAAUAAGAUGAGUUAGAAUUGAUAAGAUCCCCUAUCUGCAGUAAGAAAAGUACAAAAGAGUACUUAUGUCAGAUUCUGAAGGUCUUAUAACCGCCCCGGUCAUGUCCUUGCUAGUGUGCUAUCCAUAAAGUUAGAAGGAUACUUUUAUCUUGAGCUAGGAAUCUCAUUGAAUAUGAAUCAGAUAAAUUGAAUUAUACAUGUUUUCUCUAACCAGCUUGCCUUUGAUCAACCUAUUUAUAUGACAUCUGUUCAAAGCAGAAUGCCAGAGAGACAGCUCCGGUGACGCAAGUUCGGUCUCCCUCUGAAACAUGUGAAUCCCGUUAUUAAUCCCUAAAAUAUAGGCAUAGAGAAGACAAACGUCUGAAUGAAAGCUGUCAAUCAUUGCUUGAGUGUUAAAGAAUAAGAUAUGGAAAUAAAUGCUGUAUGCAUGAUGAUGAAAAGAAUCUAUUAGCAUAUUAAAAAUGUAUUCAUUAUACUGGUAAUCAUGGAGAAUGGGCAAGACGAAUAACAAACCGGAGGCCAAAAUAAAAAUGAUUAUUUACUUUUGUAAAUCAAUCUUUAUUAGACUUUUACAUUUAAGAAAAAGGGCUACAGAAAAGAAAAAAAGGAGGAGGGGGGAACACCCGCGGGAGGAGAAAAUCAUUUGUUUUAAUGUUGACAAGCGCUAACUCUCAGUGUCUCAAAAAGGGGAACGGAAAAAGAGGUAGAAGUGUAGGGGGUGGCGCCAGAAGAAUCUCUCCUCUGUCUGCCCAGAAUGGUGUACCAGGUUAGCAUGUGUAUCUGUGUAUUCCUGGGUUUUUUUACUACAUGACCACCACAUCUUAUGUCAGAUCUGUGUAAGGAUCACGCACCACACGUGGAUAAAGGAAACUAGGACGGUGAAGAUAUAAAGUCCUCCGAUACGGAGAGCACUAUCCAAUGUGUCCAAAAACUCAUGUAUGUCUGGUCCUUCCCUGAUGCGGCAAAGAUCAGGUCUUCCAUAGAGCAAAGUUCCUCCAUAACUGAAUUCCAUAGUUUUAGAGGGGGGAGGUCAGCUGCCUCUAGUACAGGGGAAUGAGGCUCGUCAAAUACUUUUUUUUUGAAGAUUUAAAAUAUUUUCAGAAACAAAAUAAUAUAUAACAAUAAUAACAUUAAAAAAAACUUUGGACUCAAAAGUACAAUAGCUAUUCAAUAAUAUACAAUAUAUAUAUACAAUUAUACAAUAAUUGAGUUAUACAGUGGGUGAUACCGUUCAGUGAAAGAAGAACCAAUCUUCUAUGAUGAGCAGUGCUGUAUUUAUAGAGUGGCUAACAAGGAUUUUGGCUUGGGUGGCACUUUAAAAAGGGUAGCAAAAAAUGCCUCCACGAUGCCCUGACAGAUGCCUUGUUGGCCUUGAUUCAUGGGUGAGCAAGGGUUUUGAGGGUAAGGACGAAGAGCAGCGGUGACAACAGGUAACUUUGUCAAGUACCAAUAUGUAUCUCAAAGGAAUCCAUGAAAGCCCUGUUGACACAUGGUGAAGAGAAAGGUCCAGUUAACUUGGUUAAGGGCCUUCUCAGUCAGUAGACAGUAGGAGAAGGCCAUGGGAUUCCGUCUUAGCUUGGUAAAUCAGAUCGAGCACCUGAAUAGUGUUGUUUUUCACCCCUAUUUACGGCAUGGUCCUCAUGAAUGAGUGAGUUCAGGUGUGACUUUAAACGCAUGGCCAGUAUCUUUGUGAAAAAGUUUUAUGUCACAAUUUAAAAGAGAAAUUGGGCAAUAGUAGGCACAGGGCCUACUCCUUGCCCUCUUUAGCUCUUUGGGGAUAAUAGUAAUAUCGGCUGACAAUUUUUGUUUUGGGAUAGUCCUGCCCUCCAGGAUUGCUUUGAACGCCAUGACAAAGCGAGGGUAGAGGGUGACGCAAUUUUUUAAUAAUAUUGUCAGGCUGUCAGGUCCAGAACUUUUGCUCGUCUAUGUAGCCUUGACCUCCAGGGCUAGUUCUUCCUCAGUAAGAGGGUCUUAUAAGAGUUGGGCAUCUGUAAUGCAAAGUCUUUGUUGGUAUGUGACUGGAGGUAAUUAUCCAUCUGCAUCUCACAACUUGCCAAUGUAUGUGGGCGCUCUGCGUUUAGCUAUCAUUUUAGCCAGGAUAACACCACAUUUAUCAACAUUUGUGAAAAAAGGCUUUGGAUCUAGUGAGGGCUCUAUUAACCUAAUAAAAAUAGUGGCCUUUGCUACCCAGUUGGCAGAGCUGAGUUGAUUUUAUUUAAAUUUCCAAAUGAUAUUUGAAAAAUACAUUUGCCAACAGUGUUUACAGAGAAAUGAGGCCAUUAGUCAGUGUCACAUAUAACAAGGUUCUCGUCCGAUGGCUAAGAUUUUCAUUGACAAAGGAUUACAUCUGAUUUAUAGAAACAUCACUGGGAGAAUUCCACUGACAUUAUUGGCUGUGUUCUAUGGGAUUCCUAUAACACUGCGCUCAUUGACCUAUGUGUAAUCACUUACACAUUGAAACAAAAUGUAAUUAAUCUAAUAAAUCUUCCAGCUGAUAGGACGCCAACAGCGACUGCACUUCUCAAGGGAAAAUCCCCAGGAAUGUUAAUCCACGCAAUCUUAUAGCAAUCAUUUUCUGUUUUGUGUUGUCACCUGUUUUCGUUUAAAGAGCAACUGUCAUCAAAUUUUCACUUCUUGUUUUUUAAAAGUUUAUUACAUUUAAUUGAAGUUGAUAUAUAUAUAUAUAUAUUUAUUUUUUAACAAAUGUAUAUUGAUUUGCGAUAUUUAGAUUUUUUCUUUAAAUUCACUUUUAUUUUUCUGACUGAGCGGCCAUGUUGGGUCAUACUUUACCGAAAUCUGACCAACUGCUGCUCAACCUAAUUUGCAGGUGCCGCAGGUACACACAGAGCAAUCACAGCAGGAGGCAAGCUAGGUUGAACAGCAGUUGGUCAGAAAGCGGUAGUAUAAAAACAUGGUUGACUUGGAUAAAUUUUCCGAUUUGUCAAUUUUGUUUGAAAAAGUGAAUUUUUAAAAUUUACUUUGAAUUCACUUUGGAUCCUGACAACUCAUGCUUUACGGGAUUAUUUAUUAAAGACUGAAUUUUCGCAAAUUUAAUUUGAAUCCCAAAACUUGACUAAAGCCAAGAUGGAGAUUUUUAUCCCCAAAUCAGAUAUUUACCCUCAACCCUGCCAUUUGGAUUUAACGUGCUAAAAUGAUUAAUGCUUUCAGUAUCUUGAAUCGAUCUCCUGGUGUUCAUCCACUAAACACUAAUUUGUAGUGAAUUAAAAUCAAAACUGGAAAAUUUCAGCGGCACCUGACCAACUUUGAGUGUAACGGACAAGGGGAACAUUGUCUGGAACUGAGAGUGAAUUUGAAAUAUAAAUUAAAUUAAAAUAUAAAUUAAAAUUAAUAAUGGAACUGGAAGUAUUACUAAUUACUAAAAAAAAAUUCACUUUAAAAUCUCACUUUACUGAAUUAACAUGUCACAGUUUUAGUCAAAAUUUUGCAAUUUGCUUUACAUUACAAUAGCGUGCACUAGAGUGUGACUUCUUAGGAAUUAAAGAGUCACUCCAAGCCAAGCAUCAUGACCACUAUAAGGGUUUGAAGUGGUCAUGGUGUCUGGACGCCGUAUGUGUAGUAUUUUAUUGGUUUAACCCCUGGAAGUGUAGCUCCACAUCCGCCACAUUAUUGGGCCACCAUUAGGUAGCCUGGAACACGGGUUCUGGGUUGGCUGAUAUGCAUUCUGUUCUAAUUUGGGAUCUGAUACAAUCACACACAGCAUGAUGGCGCCAGAUAGCAAAUUGCGGCAUGGCACCCACACCGUGUCUCCCAUUUAUUCCCCUCGGCCUGCCAUCCGUCCCCCCUUAGGAAGGGGGAGUAAUGUCUGCUGAGGAGGAUUGGGGUGCAGGGAGGAUUUGACCUUAACACUGGAACGGAAAUUAUUUAGUAAAUACUUUUUUUUUUUUUUUUUUACUUUUUUGAGGGGUGGUGAGGACCAGUAUAGUAAGAUUUACUCUGAUCGAAAACAGUGUUUUUUAAAACAUUGUCUUUUUCUGUUUUAGUAACUUUAGCUUUAAUAUUAUUUAGUUGUAUUCACUUUCAAUUCCGAACACAUCUCUCUUCAGUAAAUAACCCUGUCAGAACGUGUUUAUAGGAGGUAAACAAAAUGUAGUUAUUACAAGCAUGCUGACAUAGAAAUCAAGUUCACGGCAGGUCACGUGUACGGUGUAAGAUCCUGAACACCAUUAAAUCUACGGAGAGAGAAUCAGUACACGAUGGUCUCAGGUAGCAGUGAUUUACAAUGUGACAACUGCAGCUGUUUACUGUAACAAUUUCAAAAUCGAUCCCUGUGUCAUGUUGUUACAGGAGAAAUGAGUUGCUAAUAUUACUUGAGUUGUGAACAGAGCCCAAUGCUGAGGAUUCUGGGAGAGAUUAGUUCAAUUUAUUGACAUGGGUUUUUGUUCGCUGUCCAGGGAACUAUGGGAGUUGGUAAAGGAAUCAAACAUUUUACGCCAGAAUGGCUGAGUUUGAAAAAUAGCUGAUGUGGAAAGUUUUUCCAAAUUGACCAUAUUGGCCUAAAAUUUAUAAACCCCCUCGUCAGUCUACAAAUUUAUAAUACAGAUUAAGGAACAGCACACUCAUACAGAUUAAGAUUAGUGACCCACCACUACGCCACAGUACCCCAAUAUCGGUGGGCCCUACACUAAUUCCAACGUGGGAGACAAAUUAAAUAGUGCUAAAUAAGAUAAAGUAUAUUUAAAUAAUCUGUUGCAAGAGCAAUGUAAAUAUAUAUAAUGCAAAAUUAAUAUGAUAAGCGCAAUUAAGAAAAAUGCAGUGUAAAAACUAAACAAUUAAAGUGAUAGUGCUUCUAUGCAUAUACUCACAAUGCAUAUCAUAUAGCUACUCAAUGGAAACUAUAAUUAAAGUGACAUUACUAUCCAAAACCACCUCAAAUGUAAUUUGUCUCCCACGUUGGAAUUGGGGUACAGGGAAGUAGUGGUGGGCUUAACACAAUAUGGCCGUAUGGUGGAACUGAAUCCCCAUAUUUGUUUGCUGAGAUGGGCGAGUUUAACCCCUUAAGGACACAUGACGGAAAUAUUCCGUCAUGAUUCCCUUUUAUUCCAGAAGUUGUGUCUUUAAGGGGUUAAGUAGCCUCAUAAAAAUUGAAACUGUAUUUUUAUGUGUACUCUGUUCCUUAAUCAGGCCCUGGGGAGAUUAUCACGCGGGGCCACGCGGGGCACAGCUGUGUCGCCUUUGGGUGCUGGAGGGAGGUCCUCCCUGGGUUCUGGUUUGUCCUCUGGGGACGAGGGUCAGCCGGGGGGGAGUCUGUCCGGGGUCACGGCGACGUCCAGGGUCACCGGACCCCGGCACUUAAUUCAGCUGAUUCGGCCUCUGCGGGAUGAUCUGGCGGUCUGGGACUCCUUCCUGGCUGCCUAUAACAGCAGGUCCUACUGGCUGGCGCCGGAGGUCUCUAACACGGACCUACACCUCUUCACGGAUACGGCGGGCUUGGUUGGAUUUGGGGUGAUUCUGGGCUCUAGAUGUGUGCUGCCUCUUGGCCGGACAGUUGGCAUGUCUCUGGCCUCACUAGGAAUCUGACUUUCCUAGAGCUCUUCCCCAUUCUAGUUGUGCUGGAGGUUUGGAGGUCCCAGUUUCACUGUGACAAUCUGGGGUUGGUUCAAGCUAUCAAUCGGCUGACGGGCUCCUCCCCUCCAGUAGUUCGCUCGCUUAGGCGAUUGGUGCUCCGAUGUUUGUCUAAAUGUGUAUUGUAGGUCGGAGCAUAUACCUGGUGUUCACAAUGUAAUGGCGGAUGCUCUCUCUCGUUCGCAGUGGUCGGAAUUCCGGCUGGUCGCCCCGCAGGCGGAUAUGGAGGGGAUCUGUGCCCAAUGUGGUCGCUUGGUCUGGCAUAUUAAUGGAAUAAGUCCGUGGGUCAGUCUCCAGGGCCACGUGGACUCGAUUCAGUAAGGUAUGGUGUGAAUAGGACAAAUGGGAGCAUGAUCAGGGUGGUUUUGGUAACUCAGCUGAGCACCUCUCAGUGCUUUUGCAGCUCUUGGAUCACUGGGAGUCCACGGGUAAGUCCCCCUCUGCAAUCUCCUCACGUUUUUCGCGCCUCAGCAUCCUGUUCAAGCUACGUGGGUGGGAAGAUUCUACCAAGGUGUUUGUAGUGUGCCAGGCUCUGAAAGGCUUGAGGCGGCAGAUUGCUUCCGCGGAUGCGAGAAGACCAGUCUCUGCUGUCCUCCUAACAAGAUUGUGUGGGGUGCUCCCCCUUGUCCCGUCUAUUUGCUCUGGCCUAUUCCCUGGCAUUCUUUGGGGCUAUGCACUUUGGGGAAUUGGUGAGCCUUACUUACUGCAGUGGUGGGGUGUUGUUUGCCGAUGUUCAGUGCGCUGCGGAUCAUAUCGCAUUUAAGAUCCGAUGCUCGAAGAUGGAUGUGAUGGGAAGAUGUAUAAGUGGGUUCUUUUAGGUGCUGUACCAGGUUUGGCUAUUUGCCCCGUUUCUUCCUUUAAGGAGUACUGUGAGCUGCGCCCGAUAUCCACGGGCCCUCUUUUGGUACAUGUGGAUGAGAGCUUUCUAUCUCAUUUCCAAUUUAUUCGGGUCUUUCGCUCGGGGCUGGAAGUCCUGGGGAUUGACAGCAAGAAAUAUUGUGGGCAUUCCUUUCAGAUUGGCGCUGCCACAAAGACUAGGCUGGGUAUGCCGGCGCAAGAGGUUCAGAGGAUCGGGAGGUGGAAAUCUGGGUGUUUUUGUCUCAUAUGUUUGUCCUUCCGGCUUCCUGAAUUGAUGUUUCUCUCCGCAGGUACAACUCUCUCCAGGAUCUGGGUGAUCGGGCACUCGUAUGUAUUCUGGGCCAGAAGGCCAAGAGGCGCCAAAAUUCGUUGGUUUGGCGCCAGAGGUAUGAAAUGGGUUCGGCUCCUCCCGGAGCUGGUUCAGCUGUCCCACCGUCUGGGUGCUCCAAGCGUUGUAGUAUCCACCUGGGGGGUAAUGAUCUUGGGACAAUGCCUAUAUGGGGGUUGGCGGAUGCUAUUAAGUGGGACUUGGCGCGCAUCUUGGUUCUGUUUCCUGACGUACAACUCAUUUGGUCGGAGGUCAUUUACCAUAACUACAGCCAGUGGGCCCAUAAUCAAAGAACCAUGGAACGCUGCCGUAUAAAACUAAAUAAGAGGGUCUCUAAGUUCAUCUUGGGGGUUAAAAGGAUUCCGGUUUGCCACAGGGUGUUCGAACGGGAGGCAGCCAAUUUGUUUCUUGAGUGGUUUGGGUGGGGCCCCCUUUGAUUUUAGGCUUAAAACAGCGUGGUUGUGGCAGGGGGCGUGUCAUUGUCAAUAAGCUAUUACAUUGAGUGUCAGAAUAUGGACAAGGUCGGGUCUCAACCUCCCCUGCUCUGUAAGGUAAACUUUUAAUUUGCCGCCUUGGACGUUCCCACCGAGUUAAAAGCCGGCUAGUGGUAAGCAUUAAAAGGAAAAGGGAAUUUGGUUUGGACGAGGGGGGAGGCGAGAACCCAGUGGGCAAGUUGGUGCAUAGGCAUGUGGUCUCGUUCAUUGGCAAGGACGUUUAUUUAAAGUCUGUAGGGCCUAGGUGUUAAUUUAUAUGUUAAGUUAUGGAUUAUUUAUGUAUUUAUCUCUGGUUAUAAUUAAAUAAUAAAGUUAAUAAAUGUUGGAUGAGUCCUACAGUCUUAUGUUUAAUAAAUGCUGUGGCCUGUUUCAUCCAAAAUUCGGUGUCUGUCGUUAAUGGUGGAUAUUUGGGGUAGGCGCCAUUAUUCUUAUUUGCACCUCAUUCUCCACUACGUCCAUACAUGUAUUAUGUAUUAAUUUUGUUCUCCACAGCACCAUUCCUGCUAGAUGCUCUGGGUGUGCCCCCAAUUUCCUUUUUUGACUCUACAGAUUUCGGCCAAAAUAGAAUUAAUUCAAAUAUAGCUGAAUUGGAUUUUUUUUUAAUUGAGGCAGUAAAGUGCCCCUUUAAUAUGUGAUAAACCUUUAUACAUAACAUCCUCUAUAUUUCAAAACACUGUUAUUCACAACAAAAAUAUAGCUUCAGUUUGAUUCCCAAUUCCUUUUUUUUUGAACAGGUUUGUUUGAAUUGUCUAUACAUUUUUUUCCCAAAUAUAUUCAGGUAAGUUUGUUUGUUUACUCAAUAUAUAGAUAGUAUAAUUAUCACCAUAAUUAAAGUAGUACAUACAGACUGACAGCGCCAUGUUUGCAAUGUGUGACAGGUGAACUUUAAAUCAUUUGAGUGUUUUAUUUGUAAAUAUAUGCCAGGUCCCUGCUGUGAUCAUAACACAUUUUUGUGAUUUCCUAAGAAAAAGACUCACUGAUCUGCUUGUUCUGUCUCUUUAAGCCUUUUUCAGUACUGUGUAUCUGAUUGUAAAACAAUGCGAGAUUAAUAGAUUUGUUAUGAAACGUGCUUCGUCACGUGUGUGUUUUUGCACGCAAGCAGAAUGUGUUUAAAUAUUUGCUCCACGCAGCCCACAGAUAUGUCAGGAAUGUGGAUAGGCUGGAGAUGAUAUAAUCUUUCUAUCUAACAAUCAGAACAUAAACAAUGAGGCUCCACCCACAGUGUCUCCGAAAACAAUAGAGUGGGCUACUGACUGUGAUGGGCUAGUGGCAUUUGCGGCUCCCACAUUCCUUAAUGAAUGUGAUUUGUGAAGUAAAACAGAACAAAUGAGCAUCAAUGUUUGUGUGUUUGCGUGUCUGUGUGUUUGUGUGUUUGUAUGUUUGUAUGUUUGUGUGUUUGUGUGUUUGCAUGUUUGUAUGUUUGUAUGUUUGUGUGUUUGUGUGUUUGUACAUGGAUGUAUCCUGACAAUCUGUUCUACUGUUCUAUUAAAAUGAACGGAGUGACCUAUUAUUCUAUUGUAAUAUAAUAUAAACAAAGUAAAACAUUUCAUUAGACUCUUUUUCUGUGUAUGGGGUCUGUAUAGUUUUGAUUAUUACAGUAAAUGCUUUAUUUUAGUCAGUUUCCUGGAACCUGAUGAUUUGCCUCUUUUAACCAUCGCAGGCCCACUGAAUAUAACACAGUGCCAAGUUUUGGGUCCUGGUUCUUCAGGGGUUAAAAAAUCACUGUGUAAAUCACCAUGUAUCUCUGCUGAAUGGUUAUUUUAUUCAUACAAUGGGUACAGACUAAUAAUGGUCCAUCUGCAAUCCUAGCCCAGUGCAUUUUGUUAGUAAAUUGUUACUCUAUUCUCGUAUUAUGGUCACAGGAUUAGCAAUGCUCUACACCGGGGCACCCCAGGUGUUGUGGACUACAUCUCUCAUAAUACUCUUACAACCAUAACACUGGCAAAGUUUCAGUGGAGAUGCAGUCCACAUCUGGAGUGCUGAAGGUUGUCUACCCCUGCUCUAUACCACGGGGGAUAUAGUCAUCUGUCUAACACCUAACAUCAAUGAGGACCCCACGGGCAGGGUCCCAAGUCAGGGGGAGGGAAGGGUUGUAGGUGGAAGUUUUAAAAAGCCUGGGGGUAAAAGAUAGUAGGGUAUAAGAAAAUGUAGAAUAUGGAUGCAAACAUUUUGCCACUGGUCCACAUGUGAGCAUAACCCACUGCUCUCCGGCACGGUACGAGUAAAAGAGAGUCUUUGGUUCAAUAAUCUACUUCCAAUACACCAGGGCCUUUGUGAGAUAUUUCUAUUCAUUGCAGUUCAAGUUUCAAUGUCCAAAUAAACUGGCGGACUGAGGUCGUCAUUUUGAUUUCAAUUCUCCUCUCUUUGGGUUAUUCACCGAAGUGAGCAUUGUCAGAAAGUGAAAGUGAAUUUGAAAAGCAAGCUGUCACUCCGUGGUACAUCAGUGGUUGUCCACACGUCUCCCAAGGUCACAUUCCUGAAAGGGAUACGACUGCACCGCAGGCCAGACUUGCUCAAGCUGACGAGUUUGGUUCCUCAUUACAUACCGCCAUUCUCACUUGUUCUUGGAAACCACAAAUGGAAUCAAUUUAUAUAAAGCCAUUAAAACGCAAAUCUGUCAUUUUAUAAAGUCACAAUUAAGUUAACAAACAUGCUUGGACCGAUGCUUUAGAUAAUGGGGAAUAUCUCAGAGACCAAAGUAAUGCUUCAGGUUUACUUACAAAGCAGUGAGUUAAAGGAAUACUCGAAGAAGUAGCUCAGUGCCCCCUCCAUUGUAAGUAAUCAAACCGUUUUAGAACAGUUUGACGUCUUACGUGGGGUCCAACAGGCAUCGCUCCCUGCCUCCACUACUUUUGAUGGAGAGCAGAUAACUGUGAAGGUAGAGUUUCUGUUAGCUCUCCUGACCUAAGUCCUACUGUACAGUGCUAGCUCCUUGACUGAGAGUGCUAGCUCUUUCGUUGUCUGAAGUAGUGGAGUCACCAUAGUGGUUAUGGUGAUGGAGUGCUCUUUUAAGGUUAGCUGACAAGGACGUUGUAAGAAUUCUCCAGCAUAAUUCAUUUGGGGCAGAUUUUGCAACUUUCUGUGAAUGAUUGUGCAUGUGUGUGCAUGCGCGCACACCAGUGACUGCUCAAGCAUUUUGCUAUGCGUGAUAGCAUCAUGCUGUAUAAGUGUGCAUGAGCAUCUCUGUGUGUGUGUGUGUGUCUCCCUGUGUGUGUAAGAGUCUCUAUGUGUGUGAAUAUCUCUGUGUGCUAGCAUCUCUAUGUGUAUGUAAGAGUUUCAGUGUGUGUGAAUGUCUGUGUGUGUUAGUGUCUCAAUAUGUGUGAAUAUCUUUGUGUGUAUCAAUAUCUCAGUUUCUAUGAUUGCAUCUGCAUGUGUGAGUAUUUCAGUGUGUGAAUGUCUGUGUGUGUUAGUGUCUCAAUAUGUGUGAAUAUCUUUGUGUGUGUGUGUCAAUGUCUCAGUUUCUAUGAUUGCAUCUGCAUGUGUGAGUAUCUCAGUGUGUGUGUGAGUGUCUCAGUGUGUGAAUGUCUUUGUGUGUUUGUGUGUGUGUCUCAAUGUGAAUGUUUCAGGAUGUGAGUGUCUCCAUGUGUGUGUGUGUCUGUGUGUGCGUGCAUGUGUCUGUGUGUGCAUCGGGUUGACGUGUCCAAUAGAAAAUAAAGCAAGACUGUAACAAACACAUCACUGAGACCUGAAGCUGAAAGUUGCUCUGAUUUUUAAUACUAGCCCACACAAUCCUUUCUGAGAAUGAUUUAAAAAAAAAAAAAAAAAAACAGAAAGAAAUAGCGAGCGUUUAUGUAACAUUAUUCGACUUACUUCUCCCACUCCUCUGGCUAUUAGUCAUUUUCUGAAAGCAAGUGAUGUCAUAUUUUGAGCGUAGAACGCAGCUCUGCAUGAAAUGAGUGUAAUCCCCCGGGAAACGGAACGGUGGAUUACCCGUAAUAGUGGAUCACAAUGCUGCAUUAAUCUAUCUGCUAACUGUGCAGGAUCCGUGACAUUGUUUAACGUUGAAAACAUGUUUUGAUGCCCCUGUUAUUGACAAGAUGCUUCGCUGGGGACAUCAAACCCAUCCAUUAUUCACUACUGCAGGAAACGUAAGGUAUCGAUGAGGAACAACAAUGUUCAGGCCAACACAAACGAUUGGGAAACAUUCUCCCACUCAGCUAAUCUUCCUGUUCAGUUAUUUUGGUCUAUAAUGUGAAAUUCUCUGGAUUUUCCACAUUUUACUAAAUAGGCCUGAUAGUUGUGAUAGUUGUGAUAGUUGUGAUAGUUGUGAUGACGGUGGUUAUUUGGGGGCUUUUCACUGAAUCAGAAACCGGAGAAUUCAAGCAAGUGUCACGGUAUUUAUACCAUACUUUAUACUUAACAUCACUGGGAUUUGGGGGGAAAUCAUUGCAUGGGGUGUUAUUCUGUGGUUUUCUUUUUAGAGGGAUAUUAUGCACCCUAUUAACUCAUUGCUACAAAAAUGUAUUUACACACAAUCACAGACUCAUUUUAUUUCUUCUCAUGCGUUUGCUCAAAUAUAUAUAUUUAAGUUUUUUUUUUUUGCUUAAAUUGUAGUAAUGGACAGGAAAUUGCAAAAUCAGGCCAAAAAUAGCCGAGUCAGAUUUGGUCUAAAAUGUCCUUUUUUCUCAUGUAAAUUCUACAUAAUUCUCAUUUUGACGAGUACGUCUACAAUUGGUUAACCCUAUAAGUGCCAAAGGCAGUGUGUACAUCUCUCUAGUGCAGGCAUAGGCAACAUUCGGCACUACAGAUGUUUUGAACUACACCUCCCAUGAUGCUUUGCCAGCAUUAUGGGUGUAAGAGCAUGAUGGGGGGUGUAGACCACAACAUCUGGAGUGCCGAAGGUUGCCUAUCCUUGCUCUAGUGUCUUCGACAGAAUUUAAAGAGUUAGUCAUGUAUAAGUUAACAACUCUUUCGCCCUGUGUGUAAUAAUUGAAAUGAAUAAUAAAUGCGCGUGAAUUGACGGAAGAAUAAAAAAGUUGCUAAACAAGCGAAGGUACAAUAUCGAUUGCAGAACAGGCGCAUAGGAAAGUCUUGGUGAUAAAUGGACAACUAUAUUAAAUGGAAGAGUAUUAAAGCACAAAUUAGAGUUAUAUUACUGAAAAGGUUAAAUAGGUUAAAUAUAAGAAAUAGUACAUUUUUGUAGUAUGUUGCAGAGCGUACAGCUAUACGUCCCUGAGAAAGGGACACCAAGUCACAAAUAAACAAAAAAAUUAAAUUAUUAUCAUAUGCUAAAUAAAAUAAUAAUAUUCAGUACAACAUGUAUUUAAAGAUUUAUAUAAAUAAAACAAUAAUAUUUCAGGGAGUAAAAAAAAAUAAAAAAUUAAAACCAUCAUUCUGUAGCAACAUUCAUUGAUGGCAGGAAAAGCGUACACAAGUGGAUUGCGUGUCUUAUCACUAAAAACUACAAAGUGGUAUUUAGAGUUAGUCUGUUUUCGGUGUCACGGACUAUACGUCAAUUUGCGGAAUACGCAACGCAGAUUGUCUCAGAACAAGUGUGAAUGGCCUUCGCGGGAUUUUCCAGGUAGCAAAAUGGACACGAACAUUCAGUAAAGUCAAAUGAAAUCGCCCAAAGCUCAGAGAUACAGGAACAUGUCAGUGUAGCCAUUUCGUAUAGAACAUUGCCCAGUAAGUUUGCCAUGUCUAACAAUUCAUAGCCACUUGUCCAUACUCUUCCCACCUGACAAUAUAAAGCCGUGAUUUUGACUGCCUUGGUUGCCCGAGAACCCACUUUGCCCAUAAAGUGCGUCCUAACAUACAUGUAAUAGCCAUGUAUUCAUUCUCGUUGCUAUCCAAUGCAGUCAUGCCAUCGUGCCCAACAAGUGUGCCCUCGAAACAAAGUCCCAUUGCAACAGUGGUAUUUGUAACCAAAUAGAUGACGUGUGGCAGACGAACGUGUCCACGGUUUUAGCACUGAAAUUUAGCAAAAUUUACAUUAAAAAGAAAAUGUACAGGAGAAUAUAUUCUUCUAAAUUGCAUGGAGGUCCACGUCCCAUCUAUCUGGACUCAAAACCGCACAGAAAAUACAAGGAGAGGGCAUUUGUCAUAAACUGUCAAUCUACUUGCAAAAUAACCAAGACGGCUCAGUGACAAAACAGAUAUAACAGCAACAAAACAAGUCAAUGCAAAACAAAACAAACAAGCAAAGAAAAAAAAACCAACAAAACAAAAUCUCACAACAAAUGGAACAUGUAACUAAAUAACUGCAGCUCACAGAAUGUAUCAAUGUAUCACAGAGACACCUGUCAGCCCAGAGAACUUCAGUUCCCUUGAUGCUUUGCUCAGGGUGUGAGGCACUGACUGGCUGUGCACACACCAUGCUCACUCCCAGCACUACCUGCAGGGGAGCCACUCUCUCAGAGUCACUUCCAGCAGAGAUCUCUCAGAGCCAGACAUGAGAGGAUUAGCAGACAGUGUAUGGUAACCAGAACCUGCUCUGUCACUGGCCCCACAGACCCACUGCAAGCCUUGGCAUCUCCACAGGCACCAGGUAAGGAGUCUGACUGCCCUUCACUUACUGGAUUGGAAGAGACAGACAGUCUGUGUUAGAAAGUGUACUACGCUGCAGCCUACGUUGGUGCAUAUCUCCUUACUGAUAUUAUUAUUAUUAUUAUUAUUAUUAUUAUUAUUAUUAUUGGUAGAUCUCUCUAAGGUGCCCAGACACAGGUGGCAGUUCAGCACCCUAAUAUAUUUAUUUAUCCCAGAUAAAUUAUUCGUUUUGAUUGAGGAUUAACUGUUUCAUUGCUCAGUUUUCCUACAAUACCUGUGCAGGUGAGCUGUUUGACUAGAAGUGUUUUAUUAAUUGGACCAAUCUGGCAGUUCAAGGGUUAAAGAGGAGGUGAAUUGACCCCCAAUGUGGAUUUCUGAAAUAGGCUGAAUUCCCUCUAAAAACCGGAUUUACUCCGUAAUGAGCCUUUGGCUACUUAGUGACAGCUGAUAUAUGUCAACAUGGACUGGACUAGUCUGUUACAAAUCUGGGAAGAUUUCUGUGUGUGUGUGUGUGUGUGUGUAUAUGUUUGUGUGUGUGUGUGUGUGUGUGUGUGUGUAUAUGUUUGUGUGUGUGUGGGGGGAGUUAUAUUUUAAUUUUUAAAAUGUAGCUAAAACUUUUAAAGAGUGUUUGUAGUUGGUGGGGGAUACAGACACACAUUCUCCCCCCCCUCCCCUCCCCUCCACCAAGUCAUUUUUUUUUUUUUCAAAAGGUUGUUUUUUAAUCCGCAGGUUUUGAUAGUUUAACAACCAAAUUACAAAACGUAAAACUGUUUGAAAAAAGAUCUUUAAAAUCUGAGAUUUUCUAACUGUUUUAUUUUAGCAUAACCUUUGCAAAUUAUUUGGCAAAUUCCAUUCUGUUUAAGAGAGCCCAGGAUAUUUUUUUUUUUUUUGUAGUAACAUUUUUUUUUUAUUAUUCCUCGUUGCUAUGGCAAUUCAUCUAGGGUAUUAAAAGGGUUAACUCCCCUUUGCCUUCAGUGGGAUCAGUUUGUAAAUCCAACGCUAGAGGCUGGCAUAGUCUCCGAAUGUUAGCAAAACAGGUGCGGUGGCUUAAUUUCGCUGUUCCAGGGGAUCAUGGGAAAAGUUGUAGAAAAUGCGACUAUGUAUUUAUAUUAUACAAUGCUAUUUUCUAAAUUGUUUCAAAUGCAAGGUUGUCCUGGCACAGCUUGGCAUUCAAAGCAAAUGAUUGAUGCCCCAUGAUUCUGUACGUUUUGAGGUGUGAGGGCCCAAGUGGGGUAUAUUUGGAAUAUGGCGAUAUGAAUCACCACUAAGUACUUCUAUACCUACCUCUGAUGCAUUCCUCACCCCGUCAGUGCUACGUUUAUUGGGGUGAGUGAUUACAGAACCUCCAGCCUCAAUAACACCCAUUAUAACCGUGUCAGAAUGACUGUAGAAUUGUUUCACUAAAUAGAGAAUCGUGGUGAAUUGAAAGACACAUUGCAAAAUUCAGGCUGAAAUUUCCGAGCUGUGACUAUAGCGGAGUCUGUCAGUUAUUCGGUAAACUGAGCGAAAUAAAUACAACUGAUAAAGCAACCAAGAUUCUACUAUCGCUGGGUUGGAGAAUUUAUGCAACGCAGAUAUUCUGGCCUAGAUUUUGCCAUUUGUGUAUUUACCAAAGUGAGGAUUCUAUUUUGACCUUAACUGUGAAAUUCACUAUUCAUUCUCACAUUGGUGAAUAACCCUGAAUGUAUUGAAUUAUAAACGGAAUAGCAAAAAUGUGCUGAUUUGCAACAAAUUCUUCCACUCAGAUGAGAUCACAUCUUGGAUAUUUUAGAAUAAAUUGUGCGGCUUGGUUUGAAAUUUAGGACAAAGAAGUGAUUUGAAAUGUCUUGUCGUGGAUGGCGUGCGUUCGAGAGGUGAGAUAUUUCUCGCUGUAGUGACACAUUGUCUUGUUUUCACUGGAACAAUCCAUGAUUAUAUUGCUGCGAUCCAUACGGAACGUUUACAGGGUAUUUGGUGAGAAUUGGCAGGCGGUCACAAAGCAAAGUUGAGUUGAAGAAUUCUUCCAGUUUGGCUAAUUUAACCUUAAACUUGAAAUUAAUUUUAAAUUUUUGACAAUUCCCACUUUAGUUAAUAACCCUGUUAGAUUAGACUGUAAGCUUAAUUGCGCUGUAUCCUCAUCGCCUCUUGUUCAAGUGACAAGGCCAAAGUAGCCAAGCUGCAAAAAUUCUCCCAGUCAGCUAAGUUUCCAUGACUCUCCAAUAGGAACUAUCUACACACGUCCUUAGUGACGCCUACAAAUUGCGGUAAUCCUGCACGUAAGCGACGUAUUCGCUCAUGUGACAUCUACACGCAACAACGGAGCCUGUGAUGUCACCACCAGAAACAUUUACAAUCGCACUAGAAACAGCAGAGAUACACCGAGUGAGGAGGUUGUCUGUUUACAGUCCAUUUUGAAAAUGCAGCUAAAACCUUUAUAAAGUGUUUAUAAUGUUGGGGAUACAGACAGCAGCAGACACUUGCACUUCAUUUACCUUUUAACUCGUUUUUAUUUGCCCAAUGUGGCUUUUCUUUCAUGUAAAUAAAGUGUGUUGGUGCCAGCCCAUAAGUGGCACAUUGUGCUAUACACUAGAGUUGCUGCACAUAGGCUCUGACAUAUGUGAGUGAUUUUAAUGAACACUGUUAAAUUAUGCUAUGGUUUUCUCCCUUCUUGUAUCCAUAGAGGAGAUAACCCGGUGAUGAUAUCAAUCUGGAAGGUGUGACGUAACCUCAUCAAGACACAUACAGCAAUAUACCUUAGAGCCGGGUUCUAGAGGGCACUAUGUGAGUUAAAAAUUGGCAUUCUCUACAUAAUUAUUUUUUUUUUUCUUUCUUAUAUCUGUAUAUAUUCUACACGCGUAUAUGAGGUAAUUUGUUUAUUAUUGUUUUCACGCACUACUUUUUAUUAUUUUUUUUAUUUUUAUUUUUUUAAUUUAAAGACGUAUAUAGAUUAUUAUACAAGGGUGUUUGCACUGCGUUUUGCUUAGAUUUUAUAUCGCCAUAUUCACUUCUUUUCAGUUACUUGACCUUAAAAUUCAAAUUCACUUUGAUUUCCCGACAAUUCCCACUUUAUUAAAUAACCCUAAAAGUAAAUUUUAAAAUUUAGGCCGAAAAAAACAGAACUAAAUACACAAUGUCCAAAUGUUCCGGUUCGGCUUUGCUGGCGUAAACAUUUGACGUUUGCUUGGAAUGUCCAACAAUUCACACGCUAGUGAAUGACUCUGUGAGUGACAGAUCAUAUUUGAUGCCGUGUGUUGUAGACGUUUUGGUAUUUGCACCUCUGUGUUUGUAACAUGCUUUCAGUAACUGCUUCUAACAUGGCACAAUGUUACGAGAUCCAGUUACUCAUCUUCCUGGGUUCUCUGUGUCAUGCUCGGUUCCCAAAGUGUUUCAUAAACAUUCAUUUGAAGUCAUACCAGUUAUCUCAUUGUUUAUAAUUCAUCAUAAAAACAAAAUUACAAAUCUGCUCCUAUGCGUCAGUCCUCCUGCUUGUCUGUUCUCAGUUGUUUUAUCCUGCAUUCGUUUGGCAGUUUAACGAUUCUAGUAGCAUUGCGCCACAUACAGUGAUUUACUAAAGUGAAUUUAAAUGUCAAGACUAAAGUAGUGGGAUGGGAGGCAUAGAUGACUUUUUUUCCUCAAAAGAAUAGAAUAAUUUUUCUAAUUUGACUUUUGACCUUAAAUUAGAAAUUCAAACUUUAGUGAACAACACUAACUGAGUUUUCAAAAAUUAAGAGCAAUCCAGAUAAUCAGAGGAGGUUUAAAGGGACAUUCCUGCCCCCCAAAAGUACAAUAAGUGUUUAGAAAUCAGUCUGUGUAAAUAAGAUACAUUUUAAUUGUAUAAAUUGUUAUUAGUCAGUCAUUUCUCUUGUUGAAAUGUUUUAUGUGUGACGAGUUUGUCAAACUAUUUGGGCCUAAACUUUGCAAUUCCCUCGUUAACUUCCAAUAGUUUAGUAGUUUGUGUAGUAAUGCUGUUUUCAGCAACUAUAUAGAUUACUUGUUUAUUUUGCAAUGUGUCGCCCCAUUUUCUCCCCUAGCAGUAUAGGAAAUUAAACUAACCCAUGUAUUUGGCUGUGUACUGCGGAUACACAGCCUCACCCAUGUUACGCCAUACAACAUUUCCUCCUAAAUCAAGCACAUGUUAAUUUACAUCUGGCUAAAUAUAAAUUGUUACCAUUAAAUAAUUGGGCAUUAUUAUUAUGCAGUACUAUAUUAUUGUGACUCAAGUAUAAGUUAUAGUGCCCUCUGCAGCAUUUUGUACAGUUGUGCAGUCUUAAAGGGGAAUUGGAACUUCACAGAAUUCAUGAUAUAAGGUUUACUUUUUCUUAUAUUUAACAAAUAUAUAUUUGUAGGUUUGAAUUUUUUUAAAUUUAAAUGUACAAAUUCACACCUCACACUCUGCCAUCUUAGCUCCCUGUCAAACAUUGUUAUAAGCUCCGCCUUUUGCACCUGUCAAUCCACAUAGAGAGCACACAGAGAAGAGGAGAAAUGAAACAAUGUUUCUGUUUCUUCUUGUUUGCAAUGUUUUCCCUUGGUUGGCCUUGUUUAAACUGGAUUAUGAUGUGAUAUUAUAAAAUGUAAAAGACAAUAGGGAAUUUCAUGAAUAAAAAAGUUUAACACAAGUCCUAGGUAAAUUCCAGAGAAGUGACUGUUCCAUUUUAAAUCGGAACUGUCACGUCUCUCUAAUUGACAGUUACUCCAGGUUUAACAUUUGCUGUCAAAGCAUUUACUGGGGUCAGUAGUGCAAUUGAAGCAAGUUAAAAGAAAAAAAAAAAUAUCACCUCUGCAGCCCUACCAUGUUUGUGGUUUCUGUCAUCAUCCAAGGAUGCUCUAGACAUGUCUGUGUGUUGCCAGACAAAUGCCAUGUGAAUGCAUGCUCACAGUUUUAUUUCCUUUAGCGCUCUCCACCUGCAUAGCACCAUGAAGAUUAAGUUAAUUUGCAUGAUAUGCCAAGGCUGUGCCAGGUCACUUAAAAAAUAAAUCUAUUAUCUUUUUUAUUUAUUUAUUUAUUUUAUACUUUAAUGUAUAAAUGUUUCUACGAAAAUAGCUGCUCAGGGGGGCGAGUGCCCCAAAUCUCUGGGGGCCUGGGAUUACUUUGCAACUACUUCUGCCUAUCUCACACAAUUGACUUCUCAUUCUCCAUGGGCCCAGGGGAGCCACAGUGCAUAUUACUUUACAACUGUUAUUGAUAGUGAUUGUGUGUAUUCCCACUCUCUCAAUCAAUAAACAAUAAAGUACAAAUUGAUUGAAAUUAAAUGACUGGUGGGGGUGGGGGGGCUGCUGUCACUUAAAAAAUAAAUAAAUCAUAUUUCUGAUGGAUAGACUCUAUGUUGAGCCCAAAUCCCCCUGUCCCUCUUUUCUAGGAGCUCUAUAUUGUUGGUGUAUCUGAGUGUAUAACAGAGCUCCACAGCAAUAAUACUCCCAGUAAUGUGUGUGAAUGUAUUACAGAGCUCCACAGCAAUAAUACUCCCAGUAAUGUGUCUGAGUGUAUAACAGAGCCCCACAGCAAUAAUACUCCCAGUAAUGUAUCUGAGUGUAUAACAGAGCUCCACAGCAAUAAUACUCCCAGUAAUCUGUGUGAAUGUAUAACAGAGCUCCACGGUAAUACUACUCCCAGUAAUGUGUCUGUGUGUAUAACAGAGCUCCACAGCAAUAAUACUCCCAGUAAUGUGUCUGAGUGUAUAACAGAGCUCCACAGCAAUAAUACUCCCAGUAAUGUGUCUGUGUGUAUAACAGAGCUCCACAGUAAUAAUACUCCCAGUAAUGUUUUAGUGUAUAACAGAGCUCCACAGCAAUAAUACUCCCAGUAAUGUGUCUGUGUGUAUAACAGAGCUCCACAGUAAUAAUACUCCCAGUAAUGUGUUUUAGUGUAUAACAGAGCUCCACAGCAAUAACACUCCCAGUAAUGUGUCUGAGUGUAUAACGGAGCUCCACAGCAAUAAUACUCCCAGUAAUAUGUCUGUGUAUAACAGAGCUCCACAGCAGUAGUACUCCCAGUAAUGUGUCUUAAAACUACAAUAAAUGUGUUUAGAAAUCAGUCUGUGUAAAUAAGAUACAUUGUUCUUCUAAAUUACAUUUUAAUUUUAUAAAUUAUUAGUCAGUCACCUAAACUAUCUCAGAACAGCCCCGCCCCUGGUCACACCCCACUCACACCCAUAAAGUCAAUCUUCGUGCAUUUGAAAUGUUGGGAUCUAUGAAAUGAGGGGGGAUUGCUAGAUUACUAGCGUUUUCUGAGAAUGUAUCUCUUCAUUAUGCUGAUGGGCAGGGCAUGAAAUGUGCUCCCUAUAGGAUGGAUAUCCGUUAACUCCCAACAUUGAUGUCCCAUGAAACUAGGUGCAGAGGGGCGUGGUAAAAGCGUCAGGCCAGUUACGCACGUCAUGCCACUGGUCGUGCCCAAAGGGGGCGAUCCUGCUUGGAAAAGGGGCAAGUCAGCUUGUCAUGAAUGCACACCAGGCUGCCAACAAGUUAGGCAGGCCAGAAUGCUAAGGGCGCACCAUGCAGGGUGCUCGGUGUCAGUGCUCUCCGCUGGGUCCUUGAGCCGGGUUACAAUAGUUUCUUUGGAACUUGUCCUUGGUUAAUUUCCUUCACGCAGAAUAUGAAUUCUGUACAUUACAAGGCAUACUGCAACCAUCACGUAUUUGUUCGAUAUCUCCAGGAAAUGUGCUGAUUUGCAGGAUACUGGAGAUGUGCCAGUACUCUCGCUGGAAGGAUUUUGCUGCGGCAGAUUCCAAGCUUGCCAAGACAAACACUACAAACACUGACACAGGGAUACAUAGUGCUGUCAUCCUCCAGCUAUGGCAAGCAAAAUGUUCUAAACCGGCUCCCACGUGUGCUUCCUCUAUGCAGAUAACAUCUCAUGCCAGCACACCUACCAAGUAUGUAGGUUGGUCAAAGGUUGUGGUAACAACUGAACAGUUUACUCAUCCCCUACAUGGAACAAAUGUGUGAGAUGUGAAAAUAAAACUCAUAUAGAAAUCUACACCUCUGUAUUUACCUCUGUCCUGGAAUUGUGCGCCUCCAUCUUGGCUCCCUGUCAAUCAUUGUUAUACGCUCCGCCCUUCGCACCUGUCAGUCAAUACAGAGGAAAAAUGAAAGUACACAUUUUACACUGUGUGCCUGGCUGUGCCUUGUCUGAAAUUAGAAGAAUGGGCAAAAGACAUCCUGAUCCAAUUCUUUUAAAGGGUACCUGUCAUGCCUAUUUUAACUUGCACCAUUUUAAAAGCGCAUAAAAUUCUAUCCAUACAUUGUGCUAGCGUUUUUGCUUGCAAAUCUAUAGCUGAAGCUGAAGAAUUGACUGAUAAGAGAGAACAGAAAAGAUCUCCCACAGGUAGUCCUUCUGCUCUCCACACAGCGCAUGUGCUGCGGUUGCUGUAGAAACUCCCUAGUUGACGCUGCAGCCACUGGCUUGGUGUCAAGGCGCGUGUCCACAAAGUCCAUAAGAGCGCCUCCGGUUCAGCUGUCCUUAGCUCCAGCGCGGCCGUCUCUGAUAGCUUGAAAGACACUGGCCGCUGUGUGUCAGAGCCUUUUAUGGCUCCAUUGGCCCAGCCAGUAUUUCAAGUCACAAACGUGGGUGCGUCCUCGCAUUAACAUAACGCACGCAUGUUCCAUUGGCCAAUCAGAACAAUUCUUAGGCUAUUUAAAUUAAAAAUAAACAUUUCUCAGUGCCUUGUCGUGGUUAUCCAAGAGUGCAUUAUUUGUAUUGAUUUUUGUGUAUUUUGAACUUGGCUUGUACUUUGACUAUUCUGACUUCUGUAUUCCUUAAUCUUUGGCUUGUCCAGCCAUUCAUGUACCUUCUAAUUCCCUGACCUUGGCUUAUUCUAUAAUAAUUCUAUUUAUUAACGUUAAAUCUGGCCAUUCUAAGGUCCAGUACUACGCUUUAGGACUUCUGGAUAUAAUUAUUUUAGUUAACUGAAGUUCUCCGUGUUGGAUAUUAGACUAGUCUGACACUAGGGAAUAUAGCAACGUAGUGACUGAUAUCAUUCCGUUCAGAUGCCAGAGGGUGGAUCUGAGGGGGGUGUUACAAGAAGAGAAUGGCCCGUGAAGCUCAGGUCAUGGGAGCGCAGGAGGUAAGGUGGGUAUAUCUCAAUAUUUUACAUUUCAUACAUCUUGUAAUUCUGUGAUAUGUGAUGUAUAAAUGUAUUUGGGGGAUUUCAUCUAACUUUAAAUAUGCAUGACACGUUCACUUUAAAAGGAAACAAAGCAUUGCAUGAGAUUAACAUGCCUGCGAAGGAGGACUUUGGAUAAUCCUUAAUGAGUGGAGGGACGCCAGAGGCCAUUUAUAAAAUCUGCAAUAUUAUUAAUCUUAAAAUGUUGUGCAAAUUAUUGUAAUUAAACGAGACAUGGCAUAGAGCUUGCUGUGACAAGUCUCUGUUGUGGAUACGGAUUCAACUUUUUAGUUUUUUUUCUUUUUUUUGCAUUAAUGGGUAUCUGACUUGUCCACUUACCUUAAUUCCCUGUUUCCUAUGAUGAGAUUACACCGCUCAAUUGGUACUUCAUUACUGAGGACAAUCUGAUGGCAGUCUGCAUAACCUAACCUUGGAGGAUUUCGUUCGGUCACUAAAUCAGCAGGGCGGCGGCAGCCUGGCCUUUAAAUACUUGGCAGAUUAGACUUACAGCAAGUAAAAAAAUAAAAAAAGAUCUGCAAAAUCCCUUCGUACAGCAAUUAUGUUACUAACAUUAACAUUAUCUAAGGGUUUUAUCUCAUUAAACAGCGAAUUGCCAAUGAUACGCUAAAAUAGUCAAAAGGAAAGAAAUUAACAUUUAUUUCUAUGUUUUAUUAUAUAAAUAUAUAUUUUAAAUUAACUGAGCAAUGUGAUACUAUGGAAAUUUGUCAUUUUUUAAAAAUUUUUAUACAUGGUCUAAUUAAGCCGGAAACGCUAUGAUAAAAUCUGAUUAUGUGUAAGUUUCCCAUCAGGAAGUAAUCGCAGAUCAUUAGUCACUGUAAACAUCAGAAGUCCUUUUGUGCUGCGAAGUUUGUUAGAGGAGCUCUGACAGUAGGGGACUUGUUCACACAACAGAUAGAUUGUUUGGGUUUCCCAUUAAACAUGGCACGUUGGAUUGUUUGAGAGGCCCUGCAAUGCGACAAAGCAUCAUUACAACGCUUCCCAACAGUUCAAGUUGACAUAGAGGGACACUUUAAAGGUUUACUCCCAGCAUUGUGACCACUUCAGUGAUUCAAAGUGGUGCUGGUCCUCAGUUAUACACUCAGGCACAUUACUGGGAGUAUUAUUGCUGUGGAGCUCUGUUAUACACUCAGACACAUUACUGGGAGUAUUAUUGCUGUGAAGCUCUGUUAUACACUCAGACACAUUACUGGGAGUAUUAUUACUGUGGGGCUCUGUUAUACACUCAGACACAUUACUGGGAGUAUUAUUACUGUGGGGCUCUGUUAUACACUCAGACACAUUACUGGGAGUAUUAUUGCUGUGGAGCUCUGUUAUACACUCAGACACAUUACUGGGAGUAUUAUUGCUGUGGAGCUCUGUUAUACACUCAGACACAUUACUGGGAGUAUUAUUGCUGUGGAGCUCUGUUAUACACUCAGACACAUUACUGGGAGUAUUAUUGCUGUGGAGCUCUGUUAUACACUCAGACACAUUACUGGGAGUAUUAUUACUGCUCAGUGGGAGCUCUGUUAUACACUCAGACACACAGCUCUGUUAUACACUCAGACACAUUACUGGGAUUAUUAUUGCUGUGGAGCUCUGUUAUACACUCAGACACAUUACUGGGAGUAUUAUUGCUGUGGAGCUCUGUUAUACACUCAGACACAUUACUGGGGUAUUAUUGCUGUGGAGCUCUGUUAUACACUCAGACACAUUACUGGGAGUAUUAUUGCUGUGGAGCUCUGUUAUACACUCAGACACAUUACUGGGAGUAUUAUUGCUGUGGAGCUCUGUUAUACACUCAGACACAUUACUGGGAGUAUUAUUGCUGUGGAGCUCUGUUAUACACUCAGACACAUUACUGGGAGUAUUAUUGCUGUGGAGCUCUGUUAUACACUCAGACACAUUACUGGGAGUAUUAUUGCUGUGGAGCUCUGUUAUACACUCAGACACAUUACUGGGAGUAUUAUUGCUGUGGAGCUCUGUUAUACACUCAGACACAUUACUGGGAGUAUUAUUGCUGUGGAGCUCUGUUAUACACUCAGACACAUUACUGGGAGUAUUAUUGCUGUGGAGCUCUGUUAUACACUCAGACACAUUACUGGGAGUAUUAUUGCUGUGGAGCUCUGUUAUACACUCAGACACAUUACUGGGAGUAUUAUUGCUGUGGAGCUCUGUUAUACACUCAGACACAUUACUGGGAGUAUUAUUGCUGUGGAGCUCUGUGAUACACUCAGACACAUUACUGGGAGUAUUAUUACUGUGGAGCUCUGUUAUACACUCAGACAAAUUACUGGGAGUAUUAUUGCUGUGGAGCUCUGUUAUUCACUCAGACACAUUACUGGGAGUAUUAUUGCUGUGGAGCUCUGUGAUACACUCAGACACAUACCAACAAUAUGAAGCUCCUAGAAAAAAGGGACAGAGGAAUUUGGACCCCAAAUAGGGACUGUCCCUUCUACACAAGGACACUUGGGAGGUGUGUAUUAAAGUGCAUCAGCUCAGAAUGUAGGUGGUUUAAAUGUCGCGCUAGGCGUAAGGAAUAUUUUGGGUAUUCCCUGCCCUGUAUAUGCAAUGGUGUUUACAGGGGCACUUAUUGGUCUUGUUAGGGAGUACCUCACUGAAGCCUGUCUUUAAAAGAUUAGCUGAUCUUUUCUUUAGUAUUUUAAUCUGAAACUAGCGUGCAAUUAAUGUUGUUACACUAAUUUGUUUGAAAAAGUUGGCAGGCAGUAAAUAGAUGAGAACAUGACAGCAUGGCACGGGGCCAAGGACGGGUAGGUACAAGUCUGUUGUUGGCUGCUGCGGGAUGUGGCUAGCAUUUCUUGUUUUCUCAGCCGAGCUUUUCUGGGCCUUUCCUCCUGACGUAAUGAGCAGAGGUGCCCUGAAUUAACAAGCUGAGGUCACGGGCAGGAAGAGGUGUUCUGCUACCCAACUGCAGAAAGAGACUGUUAUCAGGCACGCUCUGCGUCAUCCCAUUUCUUAUCAGCGCUUCUUAUUUUUCCAGAGUCAAAGUACAGCUCUUGCCUUAAGCAAAACAGGUCUUAUUUCCUAAACAGUGAGCUGUGCGUUCUGUCAACGGAACAGCAAAGAUUCUACUGAAACGACUUGGUUCGGAGAAGAAAUUCUUACUUUAAAACUUUGUUCAGCUUUAGAACAGACUGUUUCUAGGGGACACAUUAGAACCUCUAAAAUCCUCCUACCAGUCCCGUUCCCCCCAGGGCUGAAACCCUGGAUAUGAGGUUUUUCCGUUUCAGUUGGAGGGGGUUUUGGGGACAUCUGUGUUUUUUUUAUUUAUUUUUUAUGUAAUUUUUAUUUUACAUCAAGCAGCCACCUAUGAUAAAAACGAAGAACAUUCGUAUAAUCUACAUAGUGUAUCCACCAAGCUACUUGGGAGAAGGUAGUGGUGUCCCCUGUGUAACUGUCAGGUGACGGGGAGCUUUGCUGCACACCAUUCUGUUAGGUAAGUAGCGUAGCGAGAUCGCAUCGUAUACAUGGCUGUACAGCGUGCUCUUAUUUGAGGCCCGGAGCUUCAGGCCUGAUAUCCUCUCCCAUGCUGAUAGUACCUCCAUGCACAUGUUUGAGAGCGUUCAUGGAGGAUCCCCCAGUCUUGUGUAAUCGUCCAUCGUCUUUCUGUUAGUGCACUUGGGCAUGCAUGUGUAAAAUGGCUCCUCUUCAGCUCUGCAGGUUUCCAUUAUUUCACCUGGUAGGAGUGGAAGUUAAAGUUACCUAAAGACAGUCAAAGUUAAGAAGGGAGAGAUACACAGGUAAGUAUGUCACCCUUCCUUCUACACCUAUCAUCAACCUUUAAAUGGACUUGUUGUCACUAUAGGGAGUUAUUGAAAAAAAUUAUAAAGACCACACAAGUGAGAGUACCACUUUAAAGGGAUACUCCAGGCACCAAAACAACUUCAUCUAAAUUUAGUUGUUAUGGUGCCAGGAGGCCGCUGGAGGCAUUAUUACCUUCAGUGAUGUCCAUUCCUUCCCAGGUAGCAUCCGGCUUCAGAUUUCAAAUUCGGGAAGCGUUGAGUGCCACUGGGCGGGAGCACCACUGAUAUGACUGAGAGCAGUUAGCUAAUGCUUUCAGCCAAUCACUGAUUCGCUUUUCACAAAACUGACUUGGAAAAGGCACCUUUUUUUUUCCAAGCCAGUAUUGUGAAUGGGGAGUCACUGAUUGGCUGAGAGGAACCAACUGACACUUUCAGCCAAUCAGCACUUUGUGCUUCCGGAAUCUGAAAGAUUCAGAAUGGAUAUCGCCAGAGGGAGUGGACAUCCCCACUGUAGGCACCUUUGGGGUUUAAUCCCUUGAUAUUAAAGUGCCUUAGGGGGCCUCCUGGCACCAUAACAACUUAAUUUAGCGGUAGUUGUUUUGGUGUCUGGAGUGUCCCUUUAAGUUACAGUAAGUUUCAGAUCUGCCCACAUGAUCUAUGUUUUGUUAUCAUAAUAUGUCCUUGGGUAAUAUGUCCUCGUUCUCGUCACACGCUAAGAUUAUAAUCUUGGAGUGUGAAGGAAAUGUUGUAACGGGUGCCAUGACCAGGGACGCAGUAAUCGUUCAUUAUUUAAUCAAUGUUUAACACAACAUUAUGUGUCAUGUUCUUAUAUUUUUUAAGCUGAUUUGAUUUUCACAUAUUACUUUAUGAUGCUGCUUUUGUAAAGAUUUUUAUUGAUGCAAUAAAUACCUAAAAAACUGUUUUAUGAUAUUUACAAAAACAAAAGAAUGAAAUCCACUUGUUAUGCCUGUACAAUGCAGACAUUGAGGUUUUACUGGUAAAUAAGCUCCAACUCGCCCAUCUGACUAUCAUGAAAUCUCAAUACAAUUUGUUCUCCAGGUUCGAUGUGUAUACAUCGAACAAGCAUUCGUCAAUUCAUACAUUGCAUUAACUUUUACUGCUCCCACUGGAAUGCUAUUCCCGGUAUCUACUACCCUUUCUAUAUCACUGUUACUGCUCCCACUGGAAGGCUAUUCCAGGUAUCUACUACCCUUUCUAUAUCACUGUUACUGCUUCCACUGGAAGGCUAUUCCAGGUAUCUACUACCCUUUCUAUAUCACUGUUACUGCUCCCACUGGAAGGCUAUUCCAGGUAUCUACUACCCUUUCUAUAUCACUGUUACCGCUCCCACUGGAAGGCUAUUCCCAGUAUCUACUACCCUUUCUAUAUCACUGUUACUGCUCCCACUGGAAGGCUAUUCCAGGUAUCUACUACCCUUUCUAUAUCACUGUUACUACUCCCACUGGAAGGCUAUUCCAGGUAUCUACUACCCUUUCUAUAUCACUGUUACUGCUCCCACUGGAAGGCUAUUCCAGGUAUCUACUACCCUUUCUAUAUCACUGUUACUGCUCCCACUGGAAGGCUAUUCCAGGUAUCUACUACCCUUUCUAUAUCACUGUUACUGCUCCCACUGGAAGGCUAUUCCAGGUAUCUACUACCCUUUCUAUAUCACGGUUACUGCUCCCACUGGAAGGCUAUUCCAGGUAUCUACUACCCUUUCUAUAUCACUGUUACUCCCACUGGAAUGCUAUUCCCAGUAUCUACUACCCUUUCUAUAUCACUGUUACUGCUCCCACUGGAAGGCUAUUCCCAGUAUCUACUACCCUUUCUAUAUCACUGUUACUGCUCCCACUGGAAGGCUAUUCCAGGUAUCUACUACCCUUUCUAUAUCACUGUUACUGCUCCCACUGGAAGGCUAUUCCAUGUAUCUACUACCCUUUCUAUAUCACUGUUACUGCUCUCACUGCACCCCCAGCUGUGUGUGUCUGGGGGCGCUGUGUGUGUGUGAGGGGGCUGUUGGGGAAUUUAUUUUAUGUGAGGGGGCUGUUAGGGAAUUUAUUUUAAUAUAUUUUUUAAUAAUUAAAAAAAAAAAAGUUAUGUCCCCCCUCCCUUCUUACCUUUAGCCUGGGAGGGGGGGAGCCGUUCUGCCUGGUGGUCCUAGUGGUGAGAGUUCAUUCUUGCGAGAUCUCAGUGUUGCCGUGGUAACCGCGGCAACUCUCAGACCUUGCGAGAGGACCCAGCGGAGCUGCUGGCUAGAGUUCCACCGGGUCCUCUCCCCUCUCCCUCCCUCCCCAGCCGGCGGCCGCAUUUCAAUGCCUGUGGGCCGGUGAGCCCACCGGCCCAUGGAGGCACACAGCAGGGCCGGCACUCGGAUAGCGCUGGCCCUGCUGGGGCUGGCCGGGUAGAUCCUGUGAUCUCCCCUGCCAGCCUCGGCCCACGGCCAUCGCGGCCCACUGGGCAUUUGCCCGGUAUGGUCGAUGGCCAGUCCGGGCCUGGCUGGGCCCAUCACUCAAGGGGGCACGGCUGCUCUAUCGACCUUUUGCUGAUGGUGCAUAACUUCUGGGUCAUUGUAUGGGUCCUGGGCACACAGUGUUUGGUCAGUGCUCCCCCUCCUGCCAUUCACUCCAUGUAGUGUGGCCAAGCAGACACCACAGUAGAGGAGAGGGAUGCAAUGGAGAUCAUACACAUGUGGCACGGAGGGGUGAGACACAUGCUGGGGUGAAAGGAGAAUGAGACACAUGGAGGGGCUGGGGGGGAGGAAAGAGACACAUGGAAGGCCUGGGGAGGGCUGAAUAAGACACAUGGAAGGGCUCGGGAGGGGGGAGCAAUGAGACACAUGGAAGGGCUGGGGAGGGAGGGGAGCAAUUAGACACAUGGAAGGGCUGGGGGGGGGGAUACCAUAUCACAUGGAAGGGCCGGGAAAUCGGGAGCAAUGAGACACAUGGAAGGGCUGGGGAGGGCUGAAUAAGACACAUGGAAGCUGGCCAGUGGUGGAGAGAGCAAUGAGACACAUGGAAGGAUGGGAGCAAAUCGAUGACACAUGGAAGGGCUGGGAUGGGGAUAAUGAGGACACAUGGAAGGCUGGGGCUUGGGGAGCAAUGAGACACAUGGAAGGGCCAUGGGAGCAAUGAGACACAAUGGAAGGGCUGGGGCUGGGAUAAAUGCGACAUGGAAGGUGGCCAAUGGAGGGAGCAAUGAGACACAUGGAAGGGCUGGGCAAUGACACAUGGAAGGCCAGUGGGGAUAAAAUCGAGACAUGGAAGCUGGCUGGGGAGCAAUGAGACACAUGGAAGGGCUGGGAAUGGGGAGCAAUGAGACACAUGGAAGGGCUGGGAAUGGGGAGCAAUGAGACACAUGGAAGGGCUGGGGUGGGUUGAAUGAGACACUUGGAAUGGCUGGGGAGGGGUCGAAUGAGACACAUGGAAGGGAUGAGAUGGGGGGAGCAAUGAGACACAUGGAAGGGCUGGGGAGGGGGAUGCAGUGAGACACAUGGAAGGGCUGGGGUGGGGGGAGCAAUGAGACACAUGGAAGGGCUGGGUGGGGAAAUGAGACACCUGAAGGGCUGGGGUGGAGGAGAAAUGAGACACACGGAAGGGCUGGGGUGGGGGAGCAAUGAGACACAUGAAGGGCUGGGGUGGGGGGAGAAUGAGACACAUGGAAUGGGCUGGGAGCAAUGGGGAUAAUAGAGACAUGGAAGGGCUGGGGAGGGGGGAGCAAUGACACAUGGAAGGGCUGGAAUGGGAGCAAUGAGACACUGGAAGGGCUGGGGGAGACACGGAAGGGCUGGGGAGGGGGGAGCAAUGAGACACGGAAGGGCUGGGGAGGGGAAAUGACACCGGAAGGGCUGUGGUGGGGAGCAAAUGAGACACGGAAGGGCUGGGGUAGGGGAUAACGAGACACGGAAGGGCUAGUAGGGGGAGCAAUGAGACACGGAAAGGGCUGGCAGGGGAGCAAUGAGACACCGGAAGGGCUGGGUAGGGGAGCAAUGAGACACGGAAGGGCUGGGGUGGGAGAGCAAUGAGACACAUGGGAGGGGGGGGAUAAAUGAGACACAUGGAAGGGCACAAUGAGACACAUGGAAGGGCUGGGGUGGGGGGAGCAAUGAGACACAUGGAAGGGCUGGGGAGGGGGGAGCAAUGAGACACAUGGAAGGGCUGGGAAUCUGGGAGCAAUGAGACACAUGGAAGGGCUGGGGUGGGGGGGUGACACACAUGGGGGAGGCCCCAGGGCAAUUUCUGCACAGGGGUCUGCUGGCUUCUAGUUACACCUCUGAACAAGCCCUGUCUGAGCGGGCCCCCUCUUAGGGUCCGACCACCAUACUCUAUUCCAAACCUUUCAAUGUUUAUAGAUUUUUUUUUUUUUUGCAUAAAAUAACCACAAUUUAUGCAGUUUACAAAGAUUUUCUGUAACACUGAUUUUUACAGUGCCUGUCUGAUGAAGAUAUUUUCCCCAGUCUUUUCUGCUGCGUUUUCUAGUUUGUUAGAUUACUUGGAAAGGAAAUGGACACAUUUAGCUGCAAGCUUUGCUGAUAAACAGACGGCCGCAAUUCCAUCAGAUCAAGUGUAUUAGUGGCUAAUCCUUCCUUAAUUCUAGGCAGACACAACUAAUAACUGUUUGUCAGACAGUGCCUGGCUUCCUGGCCUUUUUUUGUGAUUAUAUUUGCUUGGAAAACGCAUCACUUAAAGCAUUUAUGGCUAAACGUCGCGCUGCACGCUGCUCAGCCUGUUUUCUGAAUUGUGGAAAAUUACAAGGAAAGUAUUUUAGGCCAAAGUAGUAGUAAAGCAAUUCUAUAGCGAAUUAUUUUUCACAGUUUGAGUAUUUUGGCCACAGCUUUGUGAUUCCUUAAUAGGAUAGUGCACAAACCAUAACCACUGCAGAAUGUCCUCUGAGCACCUUCAGCAAAUGAAUACUGCACUGCAAUGUGUGGAGCAAGGGACGGCGCUGCUGCAAGGUAAACUAGGCAGCUUCCCAGGGUGCAUCAGUCCGGGUAGAGGACACAUGCCAUCUACUCGGUCAUGUGACACAGGGAAUGUGAGAGGGUGCGCAUGGGGGGAAAGAGAGACAUCUAAAGGGGCCUGGGGAAGGGACAAUGAAACACAGGGAAUGGGACCAUAACACACAAAGGGGCUGGGGAAGGGGACAAUGACACACAGGGAAUAGGACCAUAACACACAGAGGGGCUGGGGAAGGGGACAAUGACACACAGGGAAUGGGACCAUAACACACAGAGGGGCUGGUGACACACACAGAGAGGCUUGGAAAGGGGACAAUGACACAGAGGGGUUGGGGAAGGGGACAGUGACACACAGAGGGGCUGGGGAAGGGGACAAUGACACACAGGGGCUUGGGAAGGGGACAAUGACACACAGAGGAGCUGGGAAAGGGGACAAUGACACACAGAGGAGCUGGGAAAGGGGACGAUGACACACAGAGGGGAUGGGGAAGGAGACGAUGGCACACAGAGGGGAUGGGGAAGGGGUCGAUGACACACACAGAGGGGCUUGGCAAGGGGACACACAGAGGGGCUGGGGAAGGGGACAGAGACACUCAAAUGGUAUGUGAAAGGGAACAAUGACACAGAGGGACUGGGGAAGGGAUUAUUUUUGGGGGUGUGGGGAGAGUGGAGUUGUAAGUAACUAGUUCUGCCUACGGAGCAAAAUAGUCUAGAACUGGCCCUGAUUGGAGCAAUUACUUAAGCUCUUACUGGAGCUUUCAGUGGCAGUGGAUGCGGUAAUGCCCACUGGGUCCCAGGUAAGUUGCCAAACCAUUUUAAAAUGGUUUGACUUCUUACUCGGGGAGAGCACCAAAACUCUCAUGACAAUAAACCACUUUAGUAGUUAUGGUGCUUGAAGUGUUUACUUUAUUUGACUACCAUUUUAAUGAUUACACCACUGUGUGUUAAUACACAGAAAGAGAUACCAUGACUGGAUAAUUCUAACUUCCCAGAAAUGUCCCCUGAGACAAAUACCCGACCUUUGAGUUUUUGUCAUUCCAUUUACCCUUUAAUAAACUAGUUUUCUUUAUUCUAAGUGUUGUAAUAACAGGGUAAACUAGUAAAGAAUGAAUGUAACAUAUGAAGCUCAUGCAGUUUAUGUCCUAUUGGGUGCAGAGAUCCCAAAAGAGUUAGAGGGACCUUUUUGACUUGACCAGACCCAUUUUUUUAGAAUCCUUCAUGUUUAAAAGGACACAUGAAGGUGCCAAAGCAGAGUUCGGCUAGCCAUCAGUCAGGUCCCUAAAUUGGGAAUUUUAGGUACCUUUACCCACACCUGUUUGCUCCACCAAGAUGUGGUUAAUAGAUGUGUUAAAGGAUCACUAUAGUGUCAGGAAAACAAAGCGGUUUUCCUGACACUAUAGUGCCCGGAGGGUGCCCCACCCUCAGGGUCCCCCUUUCGUGAUGCUGAAGGGGUUACUUACCUUAAUCCAGCGCUGGGCUUCCUUGGCGCUGGUGACCUCUCCUCCCCUGCCGACGUCAGCUCCCGAGUGGAGCGGAAUGCGCAUGCGCGGCAAGUGCCACUCACGCAUUCAAACAAUCCAUAGGAAAGCAUUUCUCAAUUCUUUCCUAUGGAAGCUCUGCGCGCUGGAUGCAAAAUUCACAUCUGGCGUCGCAGAUGCGCAUCUAGUGGCUGUCCGGAAGACAGCCACUAGAGGUUGGCUUCUCUGAAACUGCUAUGUUUACAUCUGAAGGGUUAAAACCCGAGGGACCCGGAACCCAGACCACUUCAUUGAGCUGAAGUGGUCUGGGUGACUAUAGUGUCCCUUUAAGUGUUCCAGGUUUACCAAAAUUCCCUCUUCUAAAAACUUUUUGGCCAGUAAUCCAUAGUUGUGUCUCACUAUUCCUAAAUGCGGACUGUUAUUGAAUAAGCACAAAACAGUUAACCAAUGAUAACAUCUUUUUUUCCAUUUGACAUUGUUUUUAAAUUGUUUUGUGCGUGUGUGUAUGUGUGGUUCAAGCAGACAAUACAUUUUUGAGAAUUCUUGAUGGCAGAUGUCGCAUUGACGAUGUUGCAGAUAAUGGUACAUUACUCAGAACUCUCCCCCACCCGCACUGUAGAUUUUGCUUUGAUGAUCUUAUACAGGAAAAGUGACUAACGUGAGCAUUAAACCCUACAAGAGAUAGAAGAUUAAUUAAGCAGGUGUCCAGAGAACAUGUACUAGUUUGCUGUCUGUACUAUGCAUGUUAAAUAAGAGAAAUAACACAAGAUUUACGGACAGUUUAGCAACCUUUGGAACUCGUCCAAGAGGCUGAAAAUACGCAGUAUGUCUAGCAGAUGCCAGUUCACGCCAUUGUCCCCAGUCACAGGCAGGAAAACAAAUAAGGCCAUUUAUAAUAAGGACUCUUUUAUUGCAAAAUAGACACCCACGUAGAUACGGGCGAGAGAGACUGCAUAAAGAAUUGAAACAAGUGGAAUUCUGCGAUCUAGAUGUUUGGAAUUUUACAAGAUACAAAGGAAGAAUGAAAUGGUCUCUUUGUUUUUGCCAGCGAGGCCAACACUGAAUUUUAACACAUUUCCUACCCGAAGGCAGCGCAGGAUUUGGGGAUUGUGGUGGCUGACCAAUCUGGUGUUACCCGGUGUUAGAAUGUAAGGUAUACAAUAUGUCAAUCACACCUCUUGAACAGUGAAACAGAUUUAAAUUUAAAUCAAACUUUCCUUGUGCAGAAACUCUACCCGAAGACUUCCUCAAUCUUCCAAUAUACUGCUAUCCUGUGUUAGCCUGACUUUUUUACCAUCACGUUUUGUGGAAGAUUUAACAUGGUUUCUGAUCCAUGCUUUUUGAAAGUAAUUUACCAAGUUAAUGUAUAGAUCUAUCUUCAUCACUCGGCACCCCUGUAUAGCGUUCACAGCCCCAUGGGAGGAGGACCUUGGAGAAUUUUCUCAGAUCUUCCACGGGCCAAAAUCAUGAUUCUGAUGCAUCAGAGUUCUCUCAGCACGAGAUUCAGAAAAAACAAUUACAAGGUAUUAAUGAGGUGGUUCUUGACGCCAGAAUGCUUACACAGAAUCACCCCGGAGCCUUGAAAUCUCUGUUAGCAGCAGGUGCAUAUAGCAAAGACUAGUAUUGAGAAUGAGUGGAAUUAGCCCCGGCAGAUAUGCUACUACACAAUACAAAUAAAAUAGAAAGGUGAACAGUGCUAAAAAUCAGAAAAUGUACAAACGUUUUGUAGAAAUACUGGCCAGCAGAGUAGCUUAAAAAAAAGAGAAACAAAAAUACAAAUAAUGGUACAGUAUGUAUGAACGAUAUAAUUCCACAAGAACAAAGGUGUUAUAUUCACACUCACACUUUGAGGAGCUAUAUCAGCUCGGUGUUAAGAGCCUGGACGGAAUAAUCCCCGUCUAUGGAUUUCUUGAGGUUCAAGACCGUUGGUGAAUUUAUAGGUGUAAAUAUUCGUUACAUGAAAAACAAGAGUAAAAUACACCACAUGGUAUAGUACGUAAAUAUAAAAUAUUGUGAAAAAAAAGUGGAUGAUCCUACUUACAUAUACUAGAGCAACGACCUGCUCUAGUUUGGAGAAUUUCAGGUGGAAUAAUCCCCACCUUGGGAUAUAGUGGACCCAGGUAUAGCAGCAAAGCAGUAUUGGAUAGGAAGGAGGACAAAAGGAAUGACUGGAUAGUUUAAAAAAUAUAUAUACUUUAAUACAAUAAGUGAAAAGUGAAUAAUAAACUAUAAAACCAGUCCUGUAUAAAAGUCCAAAAUUCUUCCUCACUUGACGCGUUUCGCCGAAGCUUUCUCAAAAGUGAAUGCUUGCUGCUUGGGGUCCUUGAGAUUAUAUACCCUCUCUGAUGAUGAUAAAUCGAUUCUGGUGAGGAAUCCGCACAGAACUAAAUGGGAGGAUCUUGUUAAUGAUCUCAAGGCAGCUGGGACCAUAGUCACCAAGAAAACAAUUGGUAACACACUACGCCGUGAAGGACUGAAAUCCUGCAGUGCCCCAAGGUCCCCCUGCCCAAGAAAGCACAUGUACAAGCCUGUCUGAAGAUUGCCAAUGAUGAUCUGAAUGAUUCAGAGGAGAACUGGGUGAAAGUGUUGUGGUCAGAUUAGACCAAAAUUGAGCUCUUUGGUAUCAACUUAACUCGCCAUGUUUGGAGUAGGGGGAAUGCUGCCUAUGACCCCAAGAACACCAUCCCCACCAUCAAACAUGGAAGUUGAAACUAUGCUUUGGGUGUGUUUUUCUUCUAAGGAGGCAGGACAACUGCACCGCAUCAAAGGGACGAUGGAUGGGGCCAUGUACCGUCAAAUCUUGGGUGAGAACCUCCUUCCCUCAGCCAGGGCAUUGAAAAUGGGUUGUGGAUGGGUAUUCCAGCAUGACAGUGACCCAAAACACAUAGCCAAGGCAACAAAGGACAUUAAGGUCCUGGAGUGGCCUAGCCAGAAAAUCUGUUGAGAGAGCUGAAGGUUCAAAUUGCCAAACGUCAGCCUCGAAACCUUAAUGAUUUGGAGAGAAUCUGCAAAGAGGAGUGGGACAAAAUCCCUCCUGAGAUGUGUGCAAACCUGGUGGCCAACUACAAGAAACGUCUGACCUCUGUGAUUGCCAACAAUGGUUUUGACACCGAGUACUAAGUUGAAGGGAUCAAAUACUUAUUUCAUUCAUUGACAUGCAAAUCAAUUUAUGACUUUUUUUUUUUACAUUCAAUAUUUUUUUAUUGGUUUUCAAAGCAUUUUGAUUGGUUACAGAAAAGAAAAGAGAGAGGGAGACAGUAAUAGAUAGUACAGAUCAGCAACCAAUACGCUUAUGGCAUUCACAGUGACAUCUCACAAUGCUUGAAGUAACAUUUUGUAAACAUUACAAUAACAUCUGUAUUCUCUGAGUACGCCCCUUGGGGUCCUGUGUGCCCUCUGUGUGACCAGCAAUCUAGGGGACUGGUGAAUGUACAGUGUGGGUAUCUCUCUUGCCCUUACUACCUUCAUCGUAGGAAUGAUGGCCUGUGUGUGUAUCGUAAUUGUGACAACCAUCAAUCAAGCCAUCAUUAGACUCUUGUCCCAUUUUUUUUUCUCCCCCCCCCCCUCUUCUCCCCUUUGUGGAGAAUGUAUACUCUUUCUAUUAUUCGUGUUUCUCCCCUUGGUCAUCUCGUGCCCCAAGUCUGUAUGAUUUACAACUUUUUUGCCAUGCGUUUUUCUGGAUUUUAUUUUUGUUAUUCUGUCUCUCGCUGUUAAAAUGCACCUACCAUUAGAAUUAUAGACCGAUAAUUUCUUUGUCAGUGGGCAAACGUUCAAAAUCAUCAGGGGAUCGUAUGAGUUUCCCUCCAGCAACACCUCCACCAGAUACAUGACGCUUGGGGAGGUAUAACUGUUUGUGUUUUCUGUCUGUAAGAUUCUGUAAUUAGGCCCAUCAUAAUUGUCAGCACCAGGCCCAAUAGGUUCCUAAUCUAGCCCUACUUGUACCUACUGUAAUUAUUUUUAUUUUUUAAACAAAAGUCUGCAAAAAUGAUUGUCAAAAACAAACAAACUUUAUUCUUUGUCAAAUCCAUACUUGCAAAACAUGCUUGCAAAACUGGUGUGCAUAAGAAAUGUGACGAGAGCAAUCUCGCCACAUUGCAUUGGAGAAGCCUGGUUGCUCGCCUGCUGCCUUUGGAUUAUGGCCCCAUGUUAAAAGACUUUGUUUCCCCUGCAGAAAAGACUUAUUCGUGCUUUUCUGCCCGGUGUUCGGUAGAUUCAAUCUACCGAACAACCGCACGAAUGACUAGACAAUCGCCUAAACGGUUUUAACCCCUUGUGUGCUGAAACGGUCCGUUACAAGAAACAUUUUACAAAUGGUUUCCAUCUUACGAUAAAUUACUUUUGUUUGUUUGUUUAGAUAUUGUUUAACAGUAAUUUAGAACAAAAAAUACUUUUUCUCUUGAACCUGAUUGCUUGGUGUUUGUGUGAUCGGAGUUUGCUUUCUCAAACUACGAUUAAAAUCUGUGGGCUUCCGUCUGAGGCGGCCAUGAAAAACGUUUUCUGCAGACUGCCAUCUCUCUGUAUUGGUUACAACAACAAUUAGACACUUUAUAACAUGUACUUUUAAACGCAGAUAACGUUUGAUUCAUUAUUUUCAUCCCUCUCCCAUGUUUUUGCCAUGGUAUCUUCUGGAAACUCCUUGAACCUGUUAUGGAAAAACAAACUUAACCAUAAAUUAAUAUAUUUAUUUAUUCAGUGUAUUUGCCCCCAAAUACAUCAUACAUAACAAAGAUACAAGAUGUAUUCAAAUUUUGAGAUAUACUCACCUGUCGUCUGUUCAAGAGCUGCCAUCUUCUGAGUUUUGUGAAUGGUACUCUUUGUGUAAAUCCCACCUGUAUUUGACCUCUGCUUUUCCUCUGGUCCACUGUGAUUGCUCUGUUUGGAGAGGCAUCUGAACUUUAUUCCUAUACUCCCUUGCCAACGCUAGCAGCGUCGGCAAGGGAGUUUCCAUAGCAACUGCAGCACAUGCGCCAUGGUUGCUAUGCUUGGGAGAGCAGAAGGACCGCCUGUGGGGGGGCUCUUUUCCGCUCUUCCUUGUCAGUCAAAUCAUCAGCAAAGGACAAUAUAUGACUGAGAAAUGGGAAAAAUAUAUUUGUAAAUAGAUUUUUCUCCCAAUCUAUAUCUGCUACCGCCAAGUAUUGAAAUUGCAUGCUCUUUAAAAGGGAAUGAGUGUUUUUGAGGUAGUACAGAUUUCCUUUAGAUACCUGUUGGGCAACCCUGUAAUAAGUCACUGUUGAUGUUCUCACUUAGCUUAAGAGGAAUAGGGAUUAGGGUGUAUCGGGGGACAUCUCUGCAUAUUCUUACACUAGCCAGGUCUGGAAAGUGACAAAGGAUCCUAUGUUAAACUUGUGUAAGAGGCAAGAAGGAGGUGAAAAUGAUUUACAAGCGACAUUUAACCUCUGAGUAAUGAUGUGUCACUGGAGAAUGUGACCUUAACAACCAGGACAAUGAAUGUUCUUGGGCCAGUGUUUGCUGUAAGGGACCACCCCGGUGACAAUGGCAGCCUCACGAAGGGAGAAUCCGUGUUCUUUUUAGCAACGCAGCUCAGACCUAAAUAAUGUAGCCUAGUAUGACACACAGUCUCCAGAACAUGUAUAAAUAUUUCAAUAGCCACUAAAAUAUUAACACACGUCUUGGCGACGCUGCUUAUUAGUGGCAGACUAGUUCGUGAGGCUUCAAAAAGCCUAAUCUUCAAACGUGGGGACUGGCGGUUUGAUACUUAAUCAGGGUUUUACACCAAAUCUUAAUUAAAUCUUAAUUUUAUCCAUGGUAUAAUCUAAAUCAGGUAUGUUCACCUGUGGCCUUCAAACCAUUUCUUGGACUACAACUUCCAUAAUUCUCUGCCUGGUUGAUGCUCACUUGGAUUGUUAGGAGUUUUAGGUCAGCAACGGCUGGCUUGACUGAAACUCAACCCAGAUUUAAUGACGCUGGCCUCUCCUUUUCUGCCUUUAUACAGAUAUACACAUUGAAUACAAGUGACCAGAGAUUUCACUAUAAUAUAAUGACUCAACUUGAGACUGCUAUUAUAUUCUGUGAUAAUCACCCAGCUAGGUUCGACCCCAAAUGCUCUAGGAUCGUGUUUCCCAAACCAGUCUUUAAGACCCACUAACAGUCCAGGUUUUGUUGGUAUCACAAUUGUAAUAAAAAAGGGAAAUACAUAAAUAGUGGGAUGUUGGUGGGCCAUGAGGACUGGUUUGGGAACGACUGGUCUAGGAAGUAAAAGUUUCCGUAAGGCAUAGUUUGAAUAAAAGGUAAACCAUACCUCCCAAGUGUCCCAAUUUAGGAGGGACAGUCUCUAGUUUGGACCUGUGACAAGAGCAAUCUCACCACAUUGCAUUGGAGAAGCCUGGUUGCUCGCCUGCUGCCUUUGGACUAUGGCCCCAUGUUAAAAGACAUAUUUUUCCCUGCAGAAAAGACUUAUUCGUGCUUUUCUGCCUGGUGUUCGGUAGAUUCAAUCUACCGAACAACCGCACAAAUGGCUAGACCACCUGGGAGCUGGAGUGUGCCGGCAAUUAGCCUCACCCGCAGCUUAAUUGAUGAAUGCUGGGUGACCGCCAUUCGUAUCACAAACACGAGGUCGCGGCCAUUUUAAACCCGCGAACGCACAGCGGUGUUUGACACUCAAUUCAUGAAACUAAAAUCAGACACAGUUUUGCGCAAACACCGCUGAAGCCGCCGACCUCCCUUCUUGUUCGGUGAAAGUGCACGAACGGCCCGGUGUUCGGUAGUUUUACUUGAAUAUGUUAUACCCCAGAUAGGAAUCCCAUGGAGCCCAUUCGCAUGAGAACUGACUGUGUAAAGACUUUGGCUCCAUGGCGAUUACACUGUAUUCGUGUGGUCUGAGCGCCAUUUGCUUAAUAAUGUGCGCUCAGACCUGAGCUAUCUGGGGACAUGUUAAAUGUAUAGUUUUAGUGUAACUUGUGUCAUACUGUGUAUUUUAAUUGUAAUUCCUGUUUUAGUAUCCCCACCUGCAUAAUGGCGAUUUGCCUUUGUCUUGGGAGAUAAUUGAAUUACUUCUCAAUUAUCUCCAAGGCAGAAUGAGGAAGCCAGGAUGCAUUGUGGGAAUAUAUUGUGACUGUGUGUCCUAUUUGCCUACUUGUCUGUCUUUUGUCACUGUCUCCCAUUUGGUCCCCUAGGGGAGUGUCCACCAGGUGGGAGACCUGCAUAAAUACUGGGCAGGUAGCCCUCAUUAAACAGACCACUGCUUGACCCCCAACACGGAGCCUUGUCUCGUCUUUGGGGGGAUUUACUGAAUGCUGAUAGAGACUGAUUGCUAGGAGUGUAAGCCGCUUGGAUGCUUUUCCUAUUCGUCUGCUAGCAGCGAUUCGUAUGGUUCCAGUUCGUGUGUUUGGAGUGCUAUAUUGGAUGCCGUUCAGGAGUUGGGAGCAUUCACUUAUUGGCGGUUCGUGAGUUUGGUGUUCUACAGUAGCUGUGCCUGCAUCUCUGGAAGGGCAGAUCUACUAAAUGGCGGUUUAAACCUUUUAUGCUGAGGGUGCCGUUACAGGACCCAAAUCUCACAGCCCCUCUUUUCACUCCUAAUGUCCCUUAUUUCUAGGAGCUCUGUAUUGUUGGUGUGUCUGAGUGUAUAACAGAGUUCCACAGCAAUAAUACUCCCAGUAAUGUGUCUGUGUGUAUGAGAGAGCUGUACGGCAAUCUGUCUUUAAACUACAAUAAAUGUGUUUUAUUAGAAAAUAAGAUACAUUGUUCUUCUGAAAUUAGAUUUUAGUUGCAUCAUUUAUUAAGACAUCUAAAAUAUCUCAGGACAGCACAGCCCCCGGCCACACUCUCACGCUUAUCCCUAAAAUGAAAGUGUCCCUCUUGUCAAUUUGAAGUGUUGGGAGGUGUGGGUUAACUAAUACACAGUGAGUCAUUGCAUACAAGAAAUAUAUUCUAUGGUCAGCAUAUUUAGAGAGCGACCAGGGAUGAAAAUUUCCAAUCUGUUUUAGAAAUGCGAUCUGUUAAAAGGCAGCGUAUGUAACAUUUUUGGGAUGUGUCCAGGACGGGAGACGCCUCUGCUGGUCCCUUGGUGUAGAUCACAGAUGUGAUUAUUACGACUAUGUUUGGGGUUUAUUAUGGCAGAGGUUGUUUCUUAGAAAUGGUUGAGAAGGAAUACGAACAGGGAGUGGGCUGUUCGAAGUAGGAUUGGAAAAGAGACAUCUUGUCAGUAGGAGACGCAAAGCGUUUGAUCACGAUAAAAAGGAAAAAUAAAUCUUCUUCUGCUAAGAUCAUCACAGUGAGGCUUCUAAAUGAAUGUUUGUAUUCAUAGACUGUUAGCUACUUUCAUCAAACCCUUUUUCCCUGUGUCUAUUAAUAUUUAAUAUUUUGUAUAUCAAUUACUUCUCAAAUAUCCCCUUUCUAUAAUUGUAAAGUGCUGCAGAAUAUGUUGAUGCUAUAUAAAUGAUGAUAAUAAUAUUCGGGGUGCAUUUGUGUGUGCGUCAGUGCAUUCGUGUGCAUGUUUUGUCUACGCACAUCCGCUGUAGAAGUUACGUUGCUUAAAGUGUUCUGACAACUUAACUACUGCAGUAAUCUUUAGAAUGCUAUAGUAGUUACGUGGUUGUGUCCUUUUAAAUCAUUGUUUCUUUUUUCUUUAAUAAUGUAUUUAAAGUAAAGUGUUCUGCUGUAUAGCAACCUGUAUCUAUUUAUCAAAGUGUAUUACAGAGAGGGCUGGCAGAUCCACCAAGUUUGUCUGGUCAUAUUUCACAACAACAUUCUAUUGGGGUGGUACAUGAAAAUUGCUGCCCUUCAGAAUGUGAUAAGCAUAUUUCAGAAAAUCAAUUUAUUGCUCAAAGCUUAAUCGUAAAUGUUUUGAUUUGAUAAGUAUAUUAAUGUCCUUCCUGCAGUAAAUGAAUUCUACGUAAUAUUGGGCAGAACUGUUCAUGUAAUUCCCACCAGCAGGAAGAAGAUAUAUGUGUCCAGGAAAGUUCGGUGGAGUUGGGCUAAUCUGUGUUGUGCUAUAAAUGAACAGACUUUGAGCUUUUAAGGAUUAUUUGCAAGAUAAUGAGUUGUAAAGAAAUGACAACUCACAGCGCAACAUUCAGGCAAAACUAGACUAAACACUGCAGACUGAAUGUUGCACAUUGGUUAAAAACGAAUAUUGCCUCAUUAUUUAUUGGAUAAAACCCCCUAUUGAAAUUUAUAUAUUCUUUACUUUGGUUUUCUGCCCAAAUAAUUAUUUGUCCAGAUUCUCCAGUAAACAACAUUUGUUUUAUAACCCCAUUAUUACUGCUUCUAACUUUCAAAAUUAUUAUUUAAAUUUUAUUUAUUUUUUAGGGCAGUCCCCGCGAUGUGCGAGUCUGCGCUGCUUUGCUCCGAGCCCUCCAGUCCCAGCCCAUACUAUGGAGAAUCUUCAGACACUUAUUACCAAGUAGAUCGGUGGCAGAAGUUACGCACUGCAGUCAGAAAGCUGGAAUUCUGGGAAAGUUUCAGUGCAGAGUUAAUUGGUAGUGGAUUCUUUUCCAAGGUGUACAAGGUAGGUCAUUCUGGUGAGUUUGUUGUUUUUGUUUAAAAAAAGAAAGAAAAAUCUCUUUCUUUUGCUUAAAAAUAUCACUCAUUCAGUGCAUAGCAUCCCUCUAAAAAAAAUUUAAAACCACAUUCAGAAUGUAAAAAAAAAAAUGGCUACAAAUUGCAUUUAAUAUUUUCAUUCUUUUAUUUAUUUUAUUUGUUUAUUGACUUAAUUCCUUUGCCUUUUAUACAUUUGAUUGUAUGUGGUGUCUAAAGAAUCUAGAAUAUUUCCCAGCAUGCUGCUGCUCCCAUCCUGAUUGGCGGCUAAUUGUCUGUGUUUUGGAUUAUUACAAUUGUUUGUAUCAGGACACAAAAUACCCCAAAUGCCAUUCUACCGGACAGAGCCAGUGUUUCUCUCUCCAAGACCCCGAGGCCAGAGAAAGCUUUCCUUUUAUUACCCUGCAAUGUGUCUGUCUGUAAUUCUCAAGUUGUCAUAAAAAGACUGUCUAACCCAGUCACACUAGUGUGUGCAUGGCCUUCACAUGCUGUAAGGUGCCCCGUCCAGUGAUUCCCAGGUAACCAGAACAGUCUAAAACAGUCAGUCAUUUUCUCCCAGGGCGCCGGGUCAUGAUGCCUCAGGUAGUAAAACUUCUGCUUUCAUUUCUAAAGUAUAACCUUUUCUGAGUCAGAGAGAAACACAUGCACUUUGACAGGUGUUGUUCAAACAUUACAAAGGUUACAAAACUCUAAAAUAAACAUGGUAAUAGCAGGUCUUUAUAGAGUAAACUGUGCAGAUUUUCACAGACUGAACAUUCAUCUUCCAGAGUCCAUAUUCUGAACCCUGUAGCUCUAAAUAGACUGAAUACUGAUCUCUGCAGCUCUCCGUAGACUUAAUUCCAGGGAUAUGCAUCCUUCGACACAGAUGCAUAACACAAAAGAACAAAGGUUGCCUACCACUGCCAUAGAGUGAACCUUGCAGCUUUCCAUAGACUGAACAUUAAACCCCGCGGCUCUCCGCAGAGGGAACCCCCGCGGCUCUCCGCAGACGGAACCCCCGCGGCUCUCCGCACCCCCGCGGCUCUCCGCGGACGGAACCCCCGCGGCUCUCCGCGGACGGAACCCCCGCGGCUCUCCGCGGACGGAACCCCCGCGGCUCUCCGCGGACGGAACCCCCGCGGCUCUCCGCGGACGGAACCCCCGCGGCUCUCCGCAGACGAUUUUGAGCAAAUCAUUGAUACUCUAAGCAAACUUGCCAUUUUCUGGAGAGAUAACCCAGGUUCAAUUCAUUAACCUGGUUAGUUAAUUUAUGGAUUAAUGCUAGGCUUGUGAAUACAGCUCUAGAUCACUGGCGUUAAUAAACCCAGCCUUUGCAACUCUGCUUAAAUGUAACAAAUCUCAGUUUCUUGAGAUGCUUAACUCGGCCAUUGUGGAUUGAAUCCUAUCCAGUUUUUCAGACAAAUGUCGACCUAGUGCCUAGUUCCCUCUUUGCAGAGACCAAAAUAAGUCACUGCUCGUUUUCUAAAAGUGUAAAUAAACUUUGGUGAAAAUAAUCGCACCUGUUCUAAAUUAGUUUACUUUAUUUGACAGAAAUCAAGAAAGCAAUAAACAAUCCAUGUAUUGUUCAACCAGGACAAUUAACAAUAUAUCACCUGGUUUUCUUACCAGCAAGGAUUCCCACAAACAUUUCUCCUACAAUGUAAUUUAUUUACCAAAGGUGUGACCUGCUACUGAAUAUAACAUAUAAAAACAAAUAUUACAGUUUGGAGAUUUCUCCUGCUCAUCGUUUGCGCACUUUUUGAAAGAAGCGACUGGUGCUUUUUAAUAUUCCUUUACGGAUAUUUUUGGUGAAAUCGUAAUAUCUGCCAAAUUCGUCCAAAUCAUUAGGGGGAAAAUCUUGUUUGACCUGUCAGCACAAAUGGUGUUUCAAAUGGACAAUUAAACGUUAUUUGAAGAUGAUGUGAUGUUUACUAUCAGAUCCGAGAUCUUCAUUAGGGGGUCAGGAUUAGGAUAUAUUAAAUUAUAGAAAUAGUCGGAGAGCGGGAGCAGGCGUGCAGUGGAAGCAGCAAAUGCAAAGGCUAACCGUUAUAGAGAAAUGUGUGUACGGAAAGCAGAGGAGUAUAGCUGAUUAUGUACAGACAAAAAAAACCCAGUACAAUAGUGUGAGAGUUAGUGAUGCAAUAAAACUGCGCCAAUAUGAAAUGCACUCACAAGAUGAAGAUGGUAAAAUCGCCUUAAGGUGCCUCCCCUUAGUUGGUUGGGGGGUAAGUCACGAGCUCCCUCUCAGCUGAUUGAUGGAAUCACCACAAUAUGAAAGUCCGGUAAAAAAACAAUCUGCUUUAUUACAUCUUAAUAUAUGGAUAAAAUACAAAUCCAGUCCUACACGUUUCGUCUUGUAUAGGACUUCCUCAGGGACCCAGCAGUAAAAAUAAAUUCAUACAGAUAAUAAAUCCUAACAAAGGACAAAUAGUGUAUAACCCUUCCAUCCAAAGUCCUUCCUUAUAUAUGGCUUUCCUCCGAUCCCAUUGGUGGUACAAUGGGUGUCUUCAAUGAUGUCCAGCUGUUCCAGGGUUAAACAUACCCGUAUGUUGUCUCUUCCGGGUGACUUAUGCGUUCCAACUAGCGGCCAUUAUGCGUUUCACCUUUGGUAGUUCCUAUUGCCCAUCAUGCAUUGACAUGAGCAUAACAAUGCAUAGAUCUCAGGGGAUCCUGCAAGGCUCAAUUUUUUUUACCAUUUCCCGAGUCCAGGCUUCCAUAUUCCAUAUUGUGGCGAUUCCAUCAAUCAGGUGAGAGGGAGCUCGGGACUUACCCCCAACCAUCUAACAGGAGGCACCUUAAGGCGACUUUACCAUCUUCAUCUUGGCGCAGUUUUAUUGCAUCACGUACUGCUUUCUGUACACAUAUUUCUGUUAUACGGGAUACGGUCUUGAAUAUCCAGAGAGGAAGCUGUUAUAUUACAUUGAGAUAAGUAAUUUCUUUUUAAGACACUUUUAGGACAUUAUUUUCUAGAGGUGUGGGUUUAGACAACCUCUGUCUUUUUGCUAUAUAUAGUUAUAGAGAAAUGGCAGUAGAUACGUGGAAAAGCCUUCCAGUGGCAGCAGUAACAGUGAUAAAGAAAGGGUAGAAGAUACCAGGAAUAGCCUUACAGUGGGAGCAGGAACAGUGAUAUAGAAAGGGUAGUAGAUACCUGGAAUAGCCUUCCAGUGGGAGCAGUAACAGUGAUAUAGAAAGGGUAGUAGAUACCAGGAAUAGCCUUCCAGUGGGAGCAGAAACAGUGAUAUAGAAAGGGUAGUAGAUACCAGGAAUAGCCUUCCAGUGGGAGCAGUAACAGUAAUAUAGAAAGGGUAGUAUAUACCUGGAAUAGCCUUCCAGUGAGAGCAGUAACAGUGAUAUAGAAAGGGUAGUAGAUACCUGGAAUAGCCUUACGGUGGGAGCAGGAACAGUGAUAUAGAAAGGGUAGUAGAUACCAGGAAUAGCCUUCCAGUGGGAGCAGAAACAGUGAUAUAGAAAGGGUAGUAGAUACCUGGAAUAGCCUUCCAGUGAGAGCAGUAACAGUGAUAUAGAAAGGGUAGUAGAUACCUGGAAUAGCCUUCCAGUAGGAGCAGUAACAGUGAUAUAGAAAGGGUAGUAGAUACCUGGAAUAGCCUUCCAGUGGGAGCAGUAACAGUGAUAUAGAAAGGGUAGUAGAUACCUGGAAUAGCCUUCCAGUGGGAGCAGUAACAGUGAUAUAGAAAGGGUAGUAGAUACCUGGAAUAGCCUUCCAGUGGGAGCAGUAACAGUGAUAUAGAAAGGGUAGUAGAUACCUGGAAUAGCCUUCCAGUGGGAGUAGUAACAGUGAUAAAUAAAUGGUAGGAGAUACCUGGAAUAGCAGUAACAGUGAUAUAGAAAGGGUAGUAGAUACCUGGAGCAAUAACAGUGAUAUAGAAAGGGUAGUAGAUACCUGGAAUAGCCUUCCAGUGGGAGCAGUAACAGUGAUAUAGAAAGGGUAGGAUAGUAGUCCAGUGGGAGCAAUAACAGUGAUAUAGAAAGGGUAGUAGAUACCUGGAAUAGCCUUCCAGUGGGAGCAGUAACAGUGAUAUAGAAAGGGAAGUAGAUACCUGGAAUAGCCUUCCAGUGGGAGCAGUAACAGUGAUAUAGAAAGGGUAGUAGAUAUUUGGAAUAGCCUUCCAGUGGAAGCAGUAGAGUCUGACCUUACUAAUGGAAUUGAAAAAUGUUUUUACUAUGUAUAAUGCUGACUUAAUGACAAGCAAGAUCACCUUGAUGUCUAAUCAUGUGCUGACCCAGGGCCCAGUUGUUUUUCCAUUUACGGCUGUUCAUUUUAGAUUCCUCACUCCCCCACCCCCCCUUUUUCUAUCAAUGCAGCUUGGGUUGUUCACCCACUUUAUCACAAUGAUCUGAUAUUUUGAGAUUUUUCCAUUUGGCAUCAAUGCAGCUGGAGCUGUUCUUCCAGGUUGUCAAAUGUUUGCCUGUCAGAGAACAAUGCGCCUGUUUGUGUGGAUGUGUGUGUGUGUGUGUGUGUGCGUGCACGUUGUACAAUUAAUUUAAAGGAGCACUGUAGUGCCAGGAAUGCGCGUGCAUUCAGCCAGUCUCAUAGGAAAGCAUUCACAAUGGACGCUUGUGUCUUCUCACUGUGAUUUUCACAGUGAGAAGCACGCAAACGCCUCUAGCGGCCGUCAAUGAGACAGCCACUAGAGGCUUUAGAGGCUGGAUUAACCGUAUUAUAAACAUAGAAAUUUCUCUGAAACUGCUAUGUUUAUUGAAGAAAUGGUUAAUCCUAGCUGGACCAGGCACCCAGACCACCUCAUUAAGCUGAAGUGGUCUGGGUGCCUAGAGAGGUCCUUUAAUUCACAAACCUUCAUCUGAUGCGUCGCUGCCCUGGGUGUUCUGCACGUGCUGUGUGAUAAUGGAAAUAGAUAAAGAGAAAAAUAAAAUUAGAAAUGUAUUCUUCCCAGAAUGCCUCACUGGUCCUUACAUUAGUGAUAGCAUUUUGAAGGAGUGCCAUGCUUAUUACAUUGUGAGGAACCCCGGUUGGCGCCUGUACAUUUUGCUUUAGUACAUUUGCUACAUGCAGUAAAUCUGGAUCAGGUAGCUCGACCUAUUUGAGCUAUAUAUGUAAGAGUUGUCUAACACAGCCCAUGGGAGGAAAAGUAUAUAUACAGUUUUUUUUUUCAUAUUUUGAUUGACUGCAGACACCAUAUGCCCUCAGGUGUUCUAACGAUCUACCACAGUGAGUUUGAAUACUCUGAUGAAACAAGUAUAACCAUGUCAAGGGCCGCUAGGCACAAACAUUUCUCAUCCUUCCUGUCUUAACCUCCUAUUGGGAUGCUUGGGAUGGGGCAUAGGAGAAGCAAAAAGUACUCUGCUUAAAAAUAAAUAAAUAAAUAAAACCCCAAAAUAGUAAUCCUGUAAAUUUGUAGUGUAUUAAUUUGUAGUGGAUCUCGUUUGCAAAACAAAAUGGAGCCUGUGGACAGCCACCAUUCUAUCCCUGAGUUUGAUGCAAUUCCAAAAUGGCCGCCCGCACACUGAAAUCCUUACGGAUCACAUGUGGCGAUUGCAAUAAAACAUACUGUAGGUUGGCUCGAUAGAAUCAAUAUCCAUCUGUUAUGGAAAGAAAACGACCAAACUACCAAUAAAUUGCUGUGCUGGGUUACCGUGGGAGCUUUGGAUUGCAUUCUGGGAUUUGUUCUUCCAUAUGUGGUCCAUAUUAUAAUGAUGGCACACUCUUGUAGUCAACAACCGCUAUUCAAGUGUCUGGAAAUUUUAACUCCCAUCACUCUCAGCAAUUCUUGCUUGUUGUUUUAGGUAUACUAAGUCGAGAAUAUCGGCGAUAACAGCCAUAUCUUGGCAGUUGCAUCUACAGCUAUUGACGAGACAAUUCCUAUGACCCUUGGCUGGCUGGCUGACCGUGAUGGGUUUUGUUGUAUACAUAGAACACCUUAUAUGUGGGUCCUUGGCAGCCAUGGCAGUCCUGUGAGGUUUGCUCAAUACAUCUCACACUAUCCUUAGCCAGAUGGUGCAUUGUACAAUCAUAGUAAUUUUUUUAUUUUUUUUUAUUUUCUCUAGACUGCAUUGUUAAAGAACUGUAUUUUCCUCUUGUUAAAGUAGUUGUGUAUUAAUCCUAUUUUAAACUAAGACAUCUCACUCACUCCACAUUUAACGCACGGGAUCACUGUAGUACGAGCCUGGGAUCCUCAUAGUUGCUGGGUUUAGGCUGGGCCAGCUAGCUAAUCAUUGUUUCGGCUUCCUUAUGGCCACAGCUUCAUAUGCACUUCUGUCCGGCAUGCCAGGUUGCACCUGCUGUCCUGAGAUCUAGAACCCUGCACCUGUAACAGAGGCUUCACACAGUGGUGAUGGUACUAUACUCUACCUAUUUAAAAAAAAUACAUAAAAGAAUUCAGAAUAGUUUUUCUGAUGUGCAUGGUUUGUGUUUUUUAGGUUGGUUGUUUGAGUGGUGUAUAUGGGGAUAUAUAGAUUCUUCCCUCUUAUGACAGGAUUCAAAGCAGAGUAUUUUGUGUGUUCCCUAUUGCAGAACGUCUGAUCGAUUUGUGGGUCUGGCAGGAAAUGGGCCUUACGCUGCGGUGAUUUUUAGUGCAAAGGUUUUGUCCUAAACCAGCCAUAUCCUUCCUGCUGACAUUGGAUACAUGGGACGCUGUGUGCUAAGUGUACAGGAAGGACCCAAGGUCGGCGUGUUCGCCUCUGCCUCUUGGGAACCAGGAAUAUUUUUUAUAGAUCGGACUAUAAAAGAUUCUUCAAAUUUAGCAGCAAUUUUUUAAAAGCAAUUCUAGAGAUAUUCCAACUAUAGAAUGUAAUUGUUUGAUUCUAUUCCACUAGAUUCUAAAAGUAUGUCUCAGAAAAUAAUUCAACUCUUUCUUGCAUCCUGCAGGACUAAUUUGGUUUAAACACAAUCCUGAAAUAUGUAUUAUUUUAUUUAAAUUUCCACAAUCCAACUGCAUUACAUUGUGUGCUGGGACACACCUGGUACUCCCCUGGAGCACCUCAUUUACUAGUACAGGUUACACAUUUCACAUUGAGAACAUAUUGGAGUGCAAGCUCUUUAACCCAGAAUGUGAUACUGUUUUCCAACUGGUGAACCCUUGGCUGGAUUGCAAUUAAUUAUGAGAAGAUCACGAUUCUGUUAUUUAUUCUUCCCUAUCUUCCUAGUCUUCUGAUGAGUUGGUCGAACAUUUUGCACACUUCCCCCGUGAUGGUCCCACCCUGCACAGAUGGGAAGUCUUGAGACUUUUAUUACUUUAUCUUAAUUCUUAAGCAAAAUGGAAACUUGUUUUGAUUCUUCCAAUAGACGUUUGAUUUAUGUUAACCCUCCCUGUAUUGUGUUCGAUACAAUACUCCUACACAGCGCAGCCUAAACGAGUAUUUCUGUUUAAACAAAGGUCCCUGCCAAAUCAUUUGAUUUUCCAUUAACUUCAAAGGGCAUCCUAUCUCCAUAGUGUAUGAAUAGAUAUGCUGUGUAAUACGAUCUUCAAAAAAGGGAAUAUUACAACAAUUCAAUGGCUCAUGUUUAAAUGUUGAUGAAUCCUUUGUGGGUGCUUUAAAGGUAAAUGCUUCUAAGUCGUAUUUAUUUUAAUCUUUGAAUGAAUGUUCUUGUUAUCUUGCUUAGUAACGGUCUAUAACAGUGCUUAGAUUUUUUUUUUGUAUUGUUAUUGCUGGGGCAGUGUAUUGGUUUAUUUACUAAACACUGAAUCGGAGGGAAUUUCUUGCAAAUGUUAGGGGGAAAAUCUGGAAAAAUUCUCUUAGUGCUGUAUUCAUAGUUGGACUAUUUUUUUGCAGUUUGGUAUUCAAUGCAGUGAAUACACCCAUAGAGAAACAUGUUCUGCACCAUCAUACAGUGUAUCUUAAUUGUUCCUCUUUAAGAUGUGUUUUAUCAAAUAUUAGACUGAGAUACCCGUGAUGUCAUGACCUUAUACUAAUAUCGACUUGACUUGGGGUGAUAACAGUAGUAGUCGCUACAGCAAGUAACAAUGAAUUCUGCGUUAAAUUCAGCAGAUUAUAUCCCAGGUUGUUACCAGGGGUAGAGUAGAAACAGCAGAGAGGAGUUGUCUAUAUUGACGACACAGACACCCCAUUCCUCAAACAGAUCAAAUCUCUAUUAUUACGAUUUCCUGCUGCUCUAUCAUUCGUUUCUGCUGCUGAUUCCAUAACAGUCACUUCUGGAUACACUGUAGCAUUAGUAGGGAACACAAUAUACCCAUCUCAAAGUAUGGUCUUUUGCUCUGCAGGUUAACACCGGGGCAGGAUCGAAGCCCAUGGUGGUGAAGAUUUAUAAAAAUGAAGUGGAUGAGGAAGUGGUUGUCCGAGAGAUAAGUCUUUUGCAGAAGUUAUCUCAUCCAAACAUUGUAAGGUGGGCACCUUUUACCAGUUACUGUAUUCCUGUAUGUGUCUGUAUCUUCUAAUGUUCUACCUGGGCUUGCCUCUGGUGGAAGUCAACAUUUUGUGAGUUUUCGAAACACGUCACUAUAUUUUCUGUGACUCCUAAAUAAAUUAGACUACUGUAGAUUACAGACGAUGCAUGAAUAGAAUAUCAGUCAUUUUCAAAUACGAAGGCACAGAGCUGAUAAAAAUCCUGACCCCUGAUUGUACACGAUUUCGUUUUGGGGUUUGCUGUUGGACAUUUAAGUCGCAAAUUGGACAUGAUUUUGGAACAAGCAUGAUUUCACAAAAUUUUAUAUUUGAAUUUGAAUGACAAACUAUAAAAGUCAAUUUAAGAUGUCCCAAUCUGUUUAUUUUUAGGUACCUUGGUAUAUGUGUGAAAGAUGAAAAGCUGUAUCCAAUAUUGGAGGUAACCAGAAGAAAUGCUUUCAUAUUUCAUAUAAAGAUAUGUGAUCGAAAUGAGUAGUAUUUGCUAUUGUUUUUUCCUCUCUAGAUAUUUAUGCAAUGUUUUAAUACUUGCUUUCUCUGUCGAAUCAUAAACACUUGAAAUCACUAAAUUGACCCUCUGGUCAUAAACCUCUUUAAUUUGUCAAAUUACCCUGGACUUACUGAGUUUAGUAUGGAACUGCUGUUCUAGUUGGUAUAUUCAGUAUUGAAAGUAUAGUUAUACGGUACAGAUACUGAGAGAAGCAAUAGUGUAAUGUGUAAAUGAUACAUUUGGAAUUCAGAAUUAAAUAGUGUACAAUAAAAACAUGGUCAGUGCAAAGUGUUGCCCUUGAGAUUAUGUCUGUUGAGAAAAGUUCUGUCACUCUUAAGGCAAAUAAAAGUUGUGUAAAUCUAUGAAGGAAAUACAAUCUAAAAAAAAAAAAUGUAGAGGACUUUUACUAACUGUUUCUUCUCUUCUUUUAGUAUGUGAAUGGUGGGUGUGUAGAAGAAUUACUAGCAUGUAAAGAUGUUGCCCUUAGCUGGAAAGAGAAGGUGGACCUGUCUUGUGACAUUAGCCGGGGCAUGGUCUAUUUACACUCUAAAAAUAUCUACCAUCGAGACCUCAACUCCAAGGUAUAUGGUAGGCUAUUGUCUAACUUUUUUGAAUCUGAAAAUGCAUUCUUCAAAUUUGUAUCUAGAUUCUCAGGUCCAGAAAGAAGCUGCAGGCAGCUUUAAGUAGAACCUUCAGUGUUACUUGUGGUCCAAAAUGACAUUAGUUCUUCUUUGUGCUGGCAGAGAUUGUUUACAUUCUAAUUUACAAAUUUGGCUCAAUCAAUACUAGGCAUAGACCUCUGUGCAGUAAAAUAGAGGUCUGUGCUGAUGUUUUAGUGACAGGGGAAAGAAGGAGAACCCUUCUCCAGGCAAUUCUCACCAUCAUAGAUUUUCCAUCAGUAAGUGCCUACUUGGAAAAUAUAGGAGCGGAGUAACUAAUUAGACUCUGUUCUGAUGCUAGUGGGCUGCUUGCAAUUAAGGAUGAUUGGCCUGCUUUCGGGAAGUGUCCCUAAGCAAGGCCAUUUGCUGUUCAGAAUGAGGGCGGAGGUUAACAUAGUGUAAUAACCAAGGACCUCCACAAAUGGCAGUGCUUAAAGUGACUUGAUGGGUUGACUUCCAAAUCUUUCAAGAUUCCUAGAGCCAAUUCUCUUUUCUGGAUUGUUUUGUCAUUUACUUUCUAGAACUGUCUAAUCCGGGUGACACAUCGAGGCAGGGAAGCUUUGGUAACAGAUUUUGGCCUUGCCCGGGAAGUGGUGGAGCCAGCCCUGAAAAAUGGUGAAAGGAAACUUUCUCUGGUGGGAUCUGCUUUCUGGAUGGCUCCCGAAAUGUUGCGUGGAGAACCCUAUGAUCGAAAGGUUGGUUCCUCUUUUUUUUUCAAAUCACAAUUUAAUCAGCUGUUUAUUGAUCUUUUACAGCAGCAAUUGCCAAGGGAAUGGUUUUUAGGACUGUGAUUCUCUAAAUAGUCUCCAAAAACGAUAGAGGAUUCAAGAAUUGGGUAUUUCCCAUUCCUGUUCAUAUUCAGACUGAUUUACUGUAAUAAACAAUCCAGGAAAAGAUAAUAAAACCCGACUAGUAAUAAAAAGUAAAGGAGAAUAAAAAUCAGUUUCUUCAUAUAUCCUUCUGAGUUCUUAUCUCAAGGUCUCAACAAACGUAUCUCUUGGCAAAUAUGUACAUAAUGGGGACAGAGCUACAGCGCUGCUAGUCCUUCGAUUGUUCAAAUAAUGAGUUUAGAACAUGCGCACGUCCCGUCCUAUAACCCUUCCACCUCAUUAACCCAGACCAUAAGGGGAAAAUAUUUGGAAUAUUUUUAAUUUCCUUCCCUAGGUUGACGUUUUCUCUUUUGGGAUCGUAUUAUGUGAAAUCCUUGGCCGAAUUCCCGCUGAUCCGGAGAUUCUGCCACGAACACGGGUACGUAUGAUCCUGUAUACAAUGUACUGCUCCUUGUCAUCCAUGGUUGACCCACUGUGUGUCUAACAUCCUUUUGGCACACAAUGGGUUACAUGCAGGAAACUUAAUAUUUCUCUUCUCGAAAUCACUUUCCCCAUGGGUAGUGGUGUGUGUCUGCUUUUAAUUCUCUCUGCAGAAACCUCCAGGAAUGCAACGCAGGGUGGAUAUUGUAAUAACAACGUGUGUGUGUUAAAAAGCAUCCUCUGGGAGAUAUUAAAUGGAAUAUUUUAUAGUGAUCCAUACAUCUAUUGGUCACUGCUGCAAUUUGGCACAUGAAGUACUUUACCAACUCAAAAUACUCUCCAACUGCAAAAAAACUUAUUUUGCAGAUUUAUAUUUAAAAAAAAAAAAAAACUAAAAUUUUUUUAAAGGCUGUAAAUCUGUCCCAAAAAAACCCAAAAGAAAACAAAACAAAAAAAAUGCAAACGAUGUUUAAGUGGAAAGGGGGCUGCUGAAUAGAUUUAAGAUUGUAGUUUUGUUUUACUCUGUUUAUUUUUCAGGUUCCGAAUGCCCUUUGCUUUGUAUCAUUAUUGUUUUACAUUGGUUAGAUCACAAUUAACUUCUCCGGCACAUUGCAGCGAGAUGUGUUAACCUCUGUCCUUUCUGUUACAGGAUUAUGGUCUAGAUGUGGUUGCAUUCCAAGAGCUGAUUAAGGGUUGUCCUAAAAGAGUCCUGGAUUUAGCCGUCAGCUGUUGUCGGGUAAUAGACUUGAGUGGAUUUCUGUUUUUUUAAUUCUUUAAUCUGGGUUUUCUUUGGGAACUGAGCACUAAUUUGUGGUGACUGAAGAACUGACUUGAAAUAUUAAAGAAACACUCUAAGCGCCAUAACCACUGUAGCACACUGUGGUGGCUAUGGUGCCCCCCCAUUCUAUGCAGUCAUACCAUUUUACCUCUGGCCUGCCAGGCGUUUCUCCCCACCUCCAGCUGACAUAGAGCGAGAUGUGUGUGUCUGAGCUAAGCCUAGAGGUCCAGGGCUUUACAUCUUUGACUGAGAGUGAUUGGCUUACGUUCUCAACCAGUGAGUUAGGCGUGCACUCCAGUGCUUAGCACAAGAGCGCUAAAUUAAGUUUUUAAGCAGGAGGUUCCAGCUCUUUACUGGUUACAGUGGAGUCGGGGAGCGGCGCAAGGUGGAGCGCAGAGAAGAGGGAAGACCCGUUCUAAAAUGAUGCACAAAUAAAAAGGAACUGUCUCAUCCCAUGGCUUGUAUCACUUUGCUUACCUAUACCCUAUAUUUAAAGGGACACUCCACUGCCUAGAUACAAACAAAUAUUUAUUUAGUAAAUAUCAUCAAUCACUGUUAUCAGCUCUGCCCUUUGCAGAGUGGAGACACAGCAACAAUGUUUCAAUGUCUCUUCCCCUAGCGCAAUGAAUCCUCUGCCUGAACUGGAUUGUGAUGCCACUUUCGGAAUUCUUAAUAUAUACUAAAAACACUACAUGGAAAGAAACGUGUUUUUGCAUUACUUAAUAAAGCAUGAAAUAUGGUUUUAAUAUUUUUGGAUAAGUGUUAAAUAACUAAAUUUUUUAUAAUAAUAAAAUAUCUAUAAUAAUAUAUAUAUAUAUAUAUAUAUAUAUAUAUAAGAAAAAAAAUCAAUAUAUAAAAAAAAUGAUUCAAAUGUUUAAAAUAAAAAUUCCCAAAGUCGUUAUGUUUUCAUAUAUGUCACUAUCUCCCUCUUUUUAUCUAGUACCUUACACUAAUGAUUUUAUAUUUUGAGUUUAUAUUCAGUUGGGUUACCACCAUUUAGGGAGUUUAUUUUUUUUUAUUUUUCUCUGAGACCCUGCUUCACUCACCCACUCGCCAUACUCUUCCUUGGCCAGUGGGUUACUGUCACUUUGUAUUUCUUUUUAAAACUUAUUAUAAAAUUAUUUUAAAAACUUAUUUGAAAAGCUUAUCCUACAUAUUAAACCGAGGUCAAGGUGUGUUUCAUUGCUUUGAAAUGGUUCACUGAUGAUUCAAAAGGUAAUUCAUAGUCUCUGCUAGCCUGUGACUAUCGCAGAGGAUUCUGGGGAUAGUAGUCCUAAACAACUAGGGGGUGUGCUUUGUCACUUAGCCUGGGUUUGACAUUCGUGAAUGUUAUUUCUCUUUAAUUAAAGGAACAAUCAAGAACCCUAAAGCACUUUAACUGAUUGAACAGCUUUAUUUGUGAAGAGUGCACCCGAUUUUGUUUUUUUAAGUUGCAAAAAGUACAGAUUUCAAUAGAAAUUGACACUUUUCUAAAUUAACUCGUUUACACCCAGCCCUCCCCCUCGUGCAUUAUGUAGUUUGGCGACAGCACAUCUUACGCACCUGAUGCUAACCCUCUUUUUAUUUUGACAGCUUGAGGCCUUUAAGAGACCGUCAUUCAGUGAAGUCCUUGAUGAACUUGAAGACAUUGCAGAAACUUUAGAAUCACAGACAAUACUUCAAGAUUCUGGCUGA